CCUGCCAGUCUAGCGGGACACAGAGCAGUCAAUGGCCGCGGCGGCCUGGGCCCCACUAACACAAGACUCGGAUAAACCGCCAGCCCUCGGGACUAACUCCGCAAUAUCAAGACAAUCCGACAGCGGGUAAAGUCCAGCACGAAGCCGGGCACACGGCAGGCCCGAGCUCGGCAUACAGAGCAAGGAUUACAGCGGAUUCAACUCAGACCCUGGAUCCCCGGCCAGAAAUGUCCGCCAUGCCUACCUCUGCCGUAAGGAAAAAGGAACUACAUCCGGGGAACGCAGGUAUAAAAACCGGCAUGCUACGUCACAUCCGCCGAAAUGGCUGCCGGGAGUUGUAGUCCUGUGGGGGGGGGGGCAUUCUAUUCGAAUAGCAAUACAAGCCACGGGCCUGGUAUUUCUGUCACAACAAGAGCGCCGUUACAGUCCGCCGUGACCGCUAGUUCAGGAAACAGGACCAGAAUUAAAAAAACUAAAUAAAAAUAAAGAGAACCCGGGGCACAGCCUAAACCGGAAGUGACGCCAUGUUGCCCCCCAGGCCUGUGUAAAUGUAUUAGUUGUGUGGUAUAGGUGCUGCGGGUAGCGAUAGUUCGCCCCGGACUCGCUGACAUGUCUCCUAGGAAACCACGACACAAUCUCUCAGUUUUUUCGUAAAAUAAUAAUAAUAAUAAUUCCCGGGGAGCUCCCCUUUCUCUUCCUAGCGGCGCUCUGUGAUGACGUAAUCGGCGGCCGCCCGGGUGGUGCUGCUGCUGAUCCUGCUGGAGGCCUCUAUGGUCCUUACCCCCCCCCCGAGCUAAAACACUGAGUGGAGCGGACACACCGGCCGGCACAGACACUAUAGAGGGCGGCCGGAGACGGUCACUGCUGGAGGGUCCAGGAGGCAGAGAGGAAUCGGCAGGACAGGGAGGAGGAGGAGGACAGAGCCGGGAGCCGAGCCCAUACAAUGACAUCCAGGAGGUGAGCUAGUAACCCCCUAUUACCCCCAUACAGCCCAUACAAUGACAUCCAGGAGGUGAGCUAGUAACCCCCUAUUACCCCCAUACAGCCCAUACAAUGACAUCCAGGAGGUGAGCUAGUAACCCCCUAAUACCCCCAUACAGCACAUAUAAUGACAUCCAGGAGGUGAGCUAGUAACCCCCCAUCUAACCCCCUAAUACCCCCCAUACAGCACAUAUAAUGACAUCCAGGAGGUGAGCCAGUAACCCCCUAUUACCCCCAUACACCACAUACAAUGACAUCCAGGAGGUGAGCUAGUAACCCCCCAUCUAACCCCCUAAUACCCCCCAUACAGCACAUACAAUGACAUCCAGGAGGUGAGCUAGUAACCCCUCAUCUUACCCCCUAUUACCCCCCAUACAGCACAUACAAUGACAUCCAGGGGGUGAGCUAGUAGCCCCCCAUCUAACCUCCUAUUACCCCCCAUACACCACAUACAAUGACAUCCAGGAGGUGAGCUAGUAACCCCCCCAUCUAACCCCCUAAUACCCCCCAUACAGCACAUACAAUGACAUCCAGGAGGUGAGCCAGAGAGAGCUAGUAACCCCCAAUCUAACCUCCUAUUACCCCCCAUACACCACAUACAAUGACAUCCAGGAGGUGAGGCAGAGAGAGCCAGUAACCCCCCCCAUCUAACCCCCUAAUACCCCACAUACACCACAAUGAUUACUGCUAUCACAGGUCCUCCUCACAUCUAGGGGAACCUUUAUUUAAUAGGAUUUAAGGCAUUAUUCACAAAACUGCGAAUUGGUGUGAAUGGAGUUAAUGGCAAAAUAAAGGCAGAAAGGGCUGACUUGGAAACCGUCUUCAUAUCAGUUCUAAGCACAACUUGAACAGUUUGGCUAUUUACAUUGGAACAUUGCAAUUUUUAAAUUUCUGUUGUCUGCAGGUUAUGUUUAAGUGUAGAUGUGGAAAAAAAGGCACUUUUCUUUGUUGCUAAUUGUAUUGUUUGCUAAAGUUUCAAUUGUCUACGGUUACACCGUAUUUAAAGUUGUUUUUGUUUGUUUUGGUUUUUUUUAGUCAAGAAUAGCUGAACUGAUACAUAACCUACGUGGAGAAUAUUUCAAAUUUAAGCUAAAGUGGCUUAAAAUUUGAAUUCCGGACAGUUCCCACUUUAGUCAAUAAAACCUAAAAGUUCAGCUUUCUGCAAUACUGAUUAGAAUGAAGCUAUCCUCAUUUUAACUACAUAGAUUGUUGAGGAUAUCUAAUUAUAUACUCCAGCAUAGUUAUUUAAGCUUUAUGUCACAUGAUUUGCCAGGGCUAUCCUGAUAUACUAUGACUUCUCACAAAGCAUUUGGAGGGACACUCCACUGCCCAAAUAAAAAAUAAAUACAAAUUAUUGUUUAGUGGAUAAAUCCCAAUGAAAACAUGAACGCACUUAUUAUGCAUUUUUUUUUCAUUGGGGGAAUAUCUAAAAAUAGCUUGCAAAAGCUACAGUUUUCUUGUUGAUUUGUAACCUAGCUCAGACUUUCUUUGGCUGUCCAAUGACAGACUUCCCAAAACAGCUCUAUGAGAACUCUUUGCAAGGUAGGUGUUCUGAGCAAUUGCUGACUCUUGAGUUAAGCUCCACUGAGCUAACCAAACCAGGAAGUAACAGGGCUUUUUUUUCUGCUUGUAAGACAGGUGGCUGUAACAAGGUUAAUUUUUAAGAGUCUCUAGCACCAGUUUCUAUUGAAGUCUGCACUUUUGUAAAAUGAAAAGAGGACACAUUCUUCACACAGCAUGCUAAAGUUCUUUAGAGUUCCGAAGUGUCUCUUUAAACUACACUCUAUUUUUCUUAUCAUACAUAAACCUACUACAUCAGCCUCUUGCAUUAUGUUUCUAAAUAAAUUCUACAGGGUUUUUCCUCUUUCCUUUCAAAUUACAUAUGUAUUAAAAAGAUCCUCUUUAGUAUGGAAACAUAUUAACCUAAUCUUGAAUUACAAAAGAAAAUUCUUGUUUAGUACAACAAUGGAAAGUUAAGUAUGGUGAACCUUGUAACUGAGGAUGUUAACUUAAUCAUGGAAAGUGACACACAUUGAAAAUGAAGUCUUAAAGCUGUUAAAUGUUUAUCUGAAUGUGGGUCUGUCAACAUUUAAAGGGACACUAAGCAUCAAAAAAAUUUAGGGUAAUGAAGUGUUUUUGGUGUAUAGACCAUGCCCCUGCAGUGUCACUGCUCAAUUUCCUGUCAUUUAACCACUUAAGGACCUCAUGCCACAUGCAGUCAAGCAGAGCUUUAGUGCUCAGUGAAGGCAUAGACCGACAUGCUCUAAAUGUACUAGUGGGGGUUAAAAUCUUUUGAUAUCUGGGGGUCCCCUCUGUCAGUUGGGCCAGUUAGUGGCCCCAGAUGAGCUAUAAGCAGAGCUCAAAGUGAGCGCUGCUGCUUAUAACUCUUUAAAUACUGCAGCAGAGCGAUCUUGCUCAGCUGCAUUAUUUCUUUCACUGUCCCCAGCCUCCAAUGUUAAAAAAGGGAAACCCAGGUACAGUGCCCUCCAGUGUCUGGGAGAUCACUGGGGUGUUUUCAUACUCUCUCAGCCGGCCUCCUGGGGGCUGAAAAAUCCCAAGUCAUGGGGCGAUUAGGGCUUUUGUCCCGGAUCCUGGGUUUUGUCAGCCCAUUCAUCCCCCUUGACAUGGCUGGCUGACUGAGAGAGAAUGCAGGUGUCCAACUGGCUCAUACAGAGCAUAGGUGGGUGGUCGGCUAAAGGAGAGCUGAGGCAGCAGGGGAACUGUAAUCUUCCUGCUCUCUUCCCCCACACACUUUCCAGUGAUGUUGGGAGCCGGCAUAUGACUUCACUUUGGCCCCAGCCUCACUAAACAGCGUGUAAGGGAGCAGAGCAGGAAGAUGACAGCAGCCUCACUGGACCUCAGGGAAAGCCGAUCCAAUCCAGCUCUCCCAGAGGUUGGGAGGCUGGGUAGACACAUUAAAAUACAAAUUAAAAACUUGAGUGUGUGAGAAAAUGUCUGAGUGUGUGUCUGUCAAUGUUUAUUUUUCAACAUGUGUGUGCCUGUUACUGAGUUUGUGUCUUAAAGUGUGUGUCAAAAAAAUCAGUGAGUGUGUGUGUCUGUCUGUGUGUUUGUCAGUGAAUGUGUCUGCUUAGGUGACCGACCCCUCCAAUCACAUGUGAAAGGUGUUUUUACACAAUUUGCUGGUCUCGCCGCAGCUAGCUCCACCUCCAUAUUUGAUAUAAUCGAUCUUGACGAUGGAAAGCAUUGGGAGGUUACUGCGCAUGUUUGGCAAAAUGGCAUCCUGCACCUAUCAAAAUCUCAUUAUAGAGAUGAAUUGAAGCUUUGCAUCUCGGUGGGGAGCAUUAAGUGUCUCCAUGCGAGCGUGGAGAUGCUGAAUGUAAGUGCUACACACGGUGCACAGCCCCAGGACACACCUCUAAUGGCUGUCUGAUUGACUGUCACUACAACUGUUACUACGCAGCCAUGUAAACACCAUAUUUUCUCUAAAAAAAAUGCAGUGUUUACAUUGAAAAGUGUGCAGGGACAGACUAUAGACACCAGAACAACUACAUUAAGCUGUAUUGGUUCUGGUGACUAUAGUGUCUCUUUAAGUAUUAUAUUUUUGACUUUGAAAAACCUGAUUUCUAACUUUUUUAUCUGGCUCCUAGAGUCGAAGCACAUUUGUCAAGUCCUGCAUUAAAGGACCACUAUAGUGCCAGGAAAACAUACUGCUGUGGCGCUGAAGGGGGAGGAAGGGGUUAAUCCCUUACCUUUUUUCCGGGCUCCCUCGGCGCUGGGACUCUCCUCCCUCUUCUGACGUCACUGGCUGAAUGCGCAUGCGCGGCAACAGCCGCGCGCAUUCAGCCAGUCUCAUAGGAAAGCGUUAUCAAUGCUUUCUUAUGGACGCUGGCGUCUUCUCACUGUGAAAAUCACAGUGAGAAGCGCGGAAGCGUCUCUAGUGGCUGUCAAUGAGACAGCCACUAGAAGCUGGAUUAACCCAUAGGUAAACAUAGCAGUUUCUCUGAAACUGGUAUGUUUACUGCAAAAAGGGUUAAACCUAGCUGGACCUGGCCCCCAGAGCACUUCAUUAAGCUGAAGUGGUCUGGGUACCUAUAGUGGUCCUUUAAGGAUUGGGUUAUGGACAGUAUUAGGGAAAAAAUGUAUACAUUGUACUCAAGAAUAGCAGCAGAAUACAAAUAUGUAGUAAGACAUGCUCUGUUUUUCUCUUUUGAUUGAUUGAAGUUUAUUUAUAAUGAUGCAAAAGAAUACAGAUACAUAGUAAUGCUGUUAUACGAAAGUAAAAUUACAGUAGUACAAAGAAACAUGACUGCAUUCUCUUGCUCUGUUAAUCAAACUUUAAUCACACACAAGAUGCUUCUGCACAUGCUAGCAAGCUAGUAACUGAGCAGUAAGUCAACAAAUAGUAAUGUUUCAUACACAUUUAUAAAUUAUUAUUAUUACUGGUAUUUAUAUAGCGCCAGUAUAUUCCGUAGUGCUUUACAAUAUUAUCAAAGGGGGAGAUUUAACAAUAAAUGAGACCAUUACAAAAGCUUACAUGAACAAUAGGUUGAAGAGGGCCCUGCUCAAAUGAGCUUACAGUCUAUAGGAGGUGGGGUGUAAAACCCAACAGGACAGGAGGUUGCAACCAAACAAGGUGUAGUGAAGCAGAGCUGGAGGAGAGAAUAGAGUGCUGCCCUUUAGAAGAGAGCAAGAGACAGGUAUGUGAGGUAGAGGUAACUCUGGGAGGCCAUAAGCUUUCCUAAAGAGAUGGGUUUUGAGGCACUUUUUAAAUGAUUAAAGAUUAGGGGAGAGCUUGAGGGUGGUAGGCAGGCUAUUCCAAAGGAAAGGAGCCACCUGCAAGAAGUCCUGCAAGCGUGAGUUGGCUGUACGGGUGCGAGCAGCAGGCAGGAGAAGGUCAUGGGCAGAACGGAGAGACCAAGAAGGUGUAUACCUGUCGAUCAUUAAAGAAAUAUAGGAGGGGCUAGAAUUGGUCAGUGCUUUAUAGGUGUGGAUUAGUACCUUGAAUUGACUCCUGUAGGAUACAGAAAGCCAAUAUAAGGACUGACAGAGGGGAGAGGUGUGAGAGGAGCGGCAGGAGAGGAAAAUCAGUCUAGCUGCAGCAUUCAUUACAGACUGUAGUGGGGUAAUACAACUUGUGGAAAGACCUAUUUGGAGAGGGUUACAAUAAUCCAUGCAGGAGAUUACUAGAGCACGGAUAAGAUCCUUAGUAGCAUCUUGUGUAAGAAAGUGGCGGAUGCGGGCUAUGUUUUAAGGUGGAAUACAGGAUUUGGUAAUAGACUGGAUGUGAGGCCAGAAUCAAGUAUAACGCCAAGACCGUGUGCUUGCAAGGAUGGACUGAUUUGGGUACCACUCCCUUGAAGGGAGAACGAAAGAGAGGGAUCGGUAUUAGGAGGAGUAAAGACAAGGAGUUCAGUUUUAGAGAGAUUGAGUUUCAAAAAGUGGGAGGACAUCCCAUCAGAAAUGGAAGAAAGGCAAGCAGUGACACGGUGCAGGACAACAGGGAAGAGGUCCGGGGAGGAGCGGUAUAUCUUAGUCUCAUCGGCGUACAGGUGGUAUUGGAAUCCAAUUGAGCUAAUAAGUUUGCCAAGAGAGGCUGUAGAAAGAGAAAAUAGAAGGGGACCAAGUACGGCGCGUUGGGGGACUCCAACAGAAACAGGACAAAGGGAGGAGGUAUCAUUAGAAAAUGAGACACUGAAUGAGCAUUGGGAGAGAUAUGAAAACACCAAGAGAGGACAAUGUCACAGAGACCGAGUGAUUUAAGAGUUUGGAGAAGGAGAACAUGGUCAACAGUGUCAAAGGCAGCAGAGAGGUCAAGAAGAAUUAGUAUAGAGUAGUGCCCUUUGGAUUUAUCUGCGAUUAGGUCGUUAAUGACUUUAAUAAGAGCAGUCUCAGUAGAGUGGAGGGGGCGGAAACCAGACUGAAGAGGGUCAAGGAAAAGGUUUGAAUUAAAGGCAAGUCUUUCCAGAAGAUUUGAUGAAAAAGAGAGCAGAGAUAUGGGACGAUAGUUAGAAGGGGAGGACGGGUCAAGAGAGGUUUUUUUUUUUUUAAAGAUAGGGUACUACAAUAGCAGGGACAACACCAGAAGAGAAAAAGCAGUUGAAGAUGUGUGUUAAGGAAGGCACAAGACAAGAGGAGAGAGAUCUGAUAAGGUAAGAUGGGACAGGAUCAAGCAAGCAAGUGGUGGGUCGAGAGGAAAGGGGAAGGGUGUGUUCUCCUCAAGGUGCAUGUUUGGAGUGGGGCUGCAGCUUCCAGGGCAGAGGUGAGGGUGGUUUUAUAUGAGGAGAUAGCUAGUGAGGGACAGGAGAAAGUGGGGAUGGAUAGAAGUUGGGAAUCAAUAUUAGCUAAUAGCCGCUGGAGGUCAAUAUAAUUCAGAUUUCUUUUUAGUUGAAGGGGGUUAGGUUGAGGAUGAUGGGGUAAGGGGCUAUUGAGUGCAAAUGAUAAGAGGUGGUGAUCUGAGAGAGGAAAUGGAGUGUUACAGAGAUUAGAGAUUGUACAUUCAUGAGAGAAAAUAAGAUCAACUACAUGGGUGGGGGACUUGGCCCACUGUGAUAACCCAAGAGAGGUGGAAAUUGAAGGAGUUUUGAGGCUACUGAGGACAAGGAUAGGUUAAUGGGAAUGUUGAAGUCCCCAAGAAUUAGGGAUGGAAUAUUAGAAGAGAGUAAGUAGGAAAGCCAAUCAGCAAAGUGGUCAAGGAAGAGGAGAGGGAAACCAGGGGGAUGAUAGGUAACGGCAAUGUUAGCAGAAAUGGGUUUGAAAAGGCGGAUUGAAUUAAAUUCAAAUGAGGAGAAAGAAAGGGGGGGGGGGUUAGAGGUUUAAAAGAGCAGUGAGGUGAUAGCAGAAACCCUACACCAUCACCUUUGCUUUCAGAGUGUCUUAAGUUGUGGGAAAAUUGAUGACCACCAAAGGGUUGAGAGGCAGGGGUAGCGGUGUCAGAGGGAGAGAGCCAUGUUUCAGUUAAAGGACCACUAUAGGCACCCAGACCACUUCAGCUUAAUGAAGUGGUCUGGGUGCCAGGUCCAGCUAGGGUUAACCCCUUUUUCUAUAAACAUAGCAGUUUCAUUUGGGUUAAUCCAGCCUCUAGUGGCUGUCUCAUUGACAGCCGCUAGAGGCGCUUGCGUGUUUCUCACUGUGAUUUUCACAGUGAGAAGACGCCAGUGUCCAUAGGAAUGUGCUGUGAAUGCUUUCCUAUGAGACUGGCUGAAUGUGCGCGCGGCUCUUGCCGUGCAUGCGCAUUCAGCCGAGGAGGAGAGCUCCCCGCCCGGUGCUGGAGAAAGAGAUAAGUUUAACCCCUUCCUCACCCUAGAGCCCUGAGGGUGGGGGCACCCUCAGGGCACUAUAGUGACAGGAAAACGAGUAUGUUUCCUGGCACUAUAGUGGUCCUUUAAGGCUAGUAAGUCUAGGGAACGAGAGAUGAAAAGGUUGUGCACAGCAGUAGAUUUAGUAACACUGCAAGCAGAGCGUGCAUUCCAAAGGGCAUAAGAUUAUUGUGAUUCCUGGAGUUAGCACAUGGUGGGUUUGCAGAGGUGGGACCGGGAUUUGGAGAGACAUCACCAGCUGCUAGGAGCAGAAGGAUAGAGCGUAAUACAAGGUGGGAGUACGGUUUAAAAGUUUUGUGAGAGGGUGUGUAUUUAGAGGUUUUAGAAAGGGUUGGUGGAGAUAGACUAGAAAGAUAUAGGUAGAGUGCAUGGGAUGAAAAGAGAGGGAAAGGAAGUAAAGUGGGAGCAAUGAAAAUGGUGUGACCAGAGGGAUAAAGAGAUUUUGCUAAUUAGAGAGGUGAGAGUGAAAGUAAAGAAUAUAAGGGAGAGUAUUCUCUAAGGAGAAUACAUGUUGAUUUACUUACUGUAUUCUGUUACAUGUUAGGCUAUGGUAUUAUACAAUUUAUAAGAUGGUCAGAAUUAAAACAUAAACAAAGAAAACAUUAGCAUGUAGUUUACUUAUUUUCUGACAGAUGGCACGUAUGUGCACAACGGUAUGUUUCUCUCCAGCAAGCCAGCUGUUUCUACAUAUGAAUGAUAUGAUACUGCAAGCAGAAAUUUCUAUAUAAAGAAUAAAUAAGCGUACUCAAUCGAGGGAUAACAACAAUGAUAAGCACUCCAGAAAUAUUGUUUCUUUAGAAAAAAUGUUGGACAUGAUAGCGAGGUAUUAAAAAUGUGAAAACAUUGUGUAUCAAUAAAGCCUUAGGCCAAGGCCUAAUUUGUUUCUCUGACAUAUAUAAAAACUUUAUGUUCAACUUAUUUGUCAACCCCCAGUUUUUGGGAAUUGUUUUUUUAUGCUUAAAGGACCACUAUAGGCCCCCAGACCACUUCAGCUUAAUGGUCCAUCUAGGGUUAACCCUGCCUGCUGUAAACAUAGCAGUUUCAGAGAAACUGCUAUGUUUACAUUAGGUUUAAUCCAGCCUCUAGUGGCUGUCUCAUUGACAGCCACUAGAGGUGCUUCCGCGCUUCUCACUGUGAUUUUCACAGUGAGAAGACGCCAGCGUCUAUAGGAAAGCAUUGAGAAUGGUUUCCUAUGGACUGACUGCGCGCGUGGCUCUUGCCGCGCUUGCGCAUUCAGCCGAUGACGUCUGAAGGAGCCUGGCGCUGGAGAAAGGUAAGAUUUUAACCCCUUCGUCCCCGUUCAGCCCGGCGGGAGGGGGGCCAUGAGGGUGGGUGGACCUAUUAAUACUACAGUGCCAGGAAAAUGAGUUUGUUUUCCUGUCACUAUAGUGGUCCUUUAAAAUGGCUUAUAUGCUGGCAGAGUUGGUACAUUGUAUUAUAAUUAUACACUUUUGGCUAUAAUUGUGGAAACCUAGGGAUAGUUAGGUGGGGUCCAGAUCAAUAAUUGUCAUAAGAUAACAUUAAAACAGUUGUAUUUUUUUAGAGAAAAUGGGACUAGAUCUAAGGACAACUGCUUCGGGCACAGGUGGCAAAUACUCCACACAAAACAUUCCUGACAUAAAAUGUAAUACUAGACAAAACAUUUUAUUUUUCAGAUUCUUGUAAUUUUACGUGCCUGAGUUUGCCAGCAAGAAAAACGUAGUGGCUUCCUGCAUAUGGCACAUCUGCACAAAGUUUUAUGUGACAAAUUAUAUUGUAAAAGCGAAUAAAAUAAUUUUGCAUUAUAAAACCUUGAAGGUGCUUUUAUCAAUUUUUAUAUUUAUUAAUCUUACAUUUUUAUUUUCUCCUUUUCUAUUCCUAUUAAAGGACACGUUUUGGGUUGUGUUAAUUGCAUAUGCAGAAUGCAAGCUGUAUUUACCGUAGGUUUUAUGUACAAAAGUGUUUCCUUGAGAGAAUUCUGACAGAUUUAGUGUUUGACGAUGUGUGACAUAUGCUCUGUGUAUAUGUGUAUAUUCAAUACUGUUUCUGAAUUAAAUGCUGAUUAAAAAAAAAAAAUGUAAUUUAUCUAUGUAGGUGUUUUGAUCAUUUGGAAACUAACACCAUACAUUUAAUGUUCUUAAGGGGAAACUGUUGCUUCCCUGGAAAACACACCAUUGAUCAAAGCAUUGAAUAUCACCUAUAACUUGGUUAAACCUUUUUUUUUUUUUUUUUCGUUUCAAUUUAUAUUAAAGAUUUAGGACAUAACAUCAUAAUGCAGGACCGACAAGGCAACACCAUCUUAAUGUAGUGGUUCUGGUGUCAAUAGCCUAUCCCUGCAGGCUUUUUAAUGUAAACUCUGCCUUUUCAGAAAAAAGGCAAUGUGUACAUUGCUGCGUAGUUACACUUCUAGUGGCAGUCACUCAGACGGCCUCUAAAGGUGACUAUUGUGUCAGUGCAGCACUCGUGUUCAGCGUCUUCACACUUUGCAUGCAGGCGCUGUAUGUUCCCCAUAGAGAUGCAUUGAUUCACCUUAUCUCUGUUAGGAAAUGCUGAUUGGCGCAGCGUGGUGUUGUGCUGCACAUGCGCAAUAAUUAAUAUUAUUUGAUGUCAAAAUUUUGGGACAUGAUGUUAGCUAAAUUUAUGCCCUGGGCACUCAUGUAUUUUUUUUAUAUUCCACCUUCCUUUAUAGCAACCUGGCCCAGCAAGCAACUAUACAGAAGUCAGUCUUAUGCAUUUCACCCUCAUUAGGCCUAAUCAUUGACAGUGCAGUUGAUGGAUACAUUUCUGCUGUCAAAUUGCAAUCAUACAGCGCGUUAAUCCACCAAACCAGUGCUUUUGUAUGGAAGCAUUGUAUUCAGUGCUUACUCAUAGAGAACAAUUUUGCAUCCAGAAUCUUUCAUGCAGGAUUUAAUUUAUUUCCACAAAUUAAUGUAUUACUGCAUCCAUAUUUUUUGAAAAUACAUUUAAUUAUAGAAUCUGUUACUCCAAAGUCCCUAGCAACUACACUGGACAAAAUUAGAAAUGCAACACUUUUCUUUUUGCUCCAAUUUUUCAUGAGCUGAACUCAAAGAUUUAAGACUUUUUCUAUGUACACAACAGGCUUUUUUCUCUCAAAUAUUGUUCCCAAAUCUGUCUAAAUCUGUGUUAGUGAGCACUUCUUUGCAGAGAUAAUCCAUCCACCUCACAGGUGUGGCAUAUCAAGUUGCUGAUUGGACAACAUGAUUAUUGCAAAGGUGUGCCUUAGGCUGGCCACAAUAAAAGGCCACUCUAAAAUGUACAGUUUUAUCACACAGCACAAUGCCAUAGAUGUUGCAAGUUUUGAGGGAGCGUGCAAUUGGCAAGCUGACUGCAGGAAUGUCCACCGGAGCUGUUGCCCAUGAAUUGAAUGAUAAUUUCGCUACCAUAACCUGUCUCCAAAGGCGUUUCAGAGAAUAUGGCAGUACAUCCAACCGGCUUCACAACUGCCGAACACAUGUAACCACACCAGCCCAGGAUCUAAACAUCAGCAUCUUCACAUCCAAGAUUGUCUGAGACCAGCCACCCGGACAGCUGCUGCAACAAUCGGUUUGCUUAACCAAGCAUUCUGUUUGCAUUUCCUGCUGCUCUAUUACAUAGGCAGACAAUGUAAUAGAGCAGCAGGAAAUGCUAGCAGAAUGCUUGGUUGUAUAGGGAGAAGUAUUAGCAGUAGAAAGAGGGAAUUGCUCAUGCCAUUGUACAGAACACUGGUGAGACCUCACUUGGAGUAUUGUACACAGUACUGGAGACCGUAUCUUCAGAAGGAUAUUGAUACCUUAGAGAGGGUUCAGAGAAGGGCUACUAAACUGAUUCAUGGAUUGCGGGAUAAAACUUACCAGGAAAGGUUAAAGGAUCUUAACAUGUAUAGCUUGGAGGAAAGACGAGACAGGGGGGAUAUGAUAGAAACAUUUAAAUAUAUAAAGGGAAUCAACACAGUAAAGGAGGAGACUAUAUUUAAAAGAAGAAAAACUACCACAACAAGAGGACAUAGUCUUAAAUUAGAGGGACAAAGGUUUAAAAAUAAUAUCAGGAAGUAUUACUUUACUGAGAGGGUAGUGGAUGCAUGGAAUAGCCUUCCAUUUGAAGUGGUAGAGGUUAACACAGUAAAGGAGUUUAAGCAUGCGUGGGAUAGGCAUAAGGCUAUCCUAACUAUAAGAUAAGGCUAGGGACUAAUGAAAGUAUUUAGAAAAUUGGGCAGACUAGAUGGGCCGAAUUGUUCUUAUCUGCCGUCACAUUCUAUGUUUCUAUAUUUCUGCACAAACUGUCAGAAACUGUCUCAGGGAAGCUCAUCUGCAUGCUCGUCGUCCUCAUUGGGGUCUCGACCUGACCUGCAGUUCGUCGUCGUAACCGAUUUGAGUGGGCAAAUUCUCACAUUCGAUGGCAUCUGGUACUUUGGAGAGGUGUUCUCCCGGUUUUCACUGUACAGGGCAGAUGGCAGACAGUGUGUAUGGCGGCAUGUGGGUGAGCGAUUUGCAGAUGUUAACGUUGUGGAUCGAGUGGCCCAUGGUGGCGGUGGGGUUGUGGUAUGGGCAGGUGUAUAUUAUGGACAACGAACACAGGUGCAUUUUAUUGAUGGCAUUUUGAAUGCACAGAGAUGCGUGAUUAGAUCCUGAAGCCCAUUGUUGUGCCAUUCAUCCACAACCAUCACCUCAUGUUUCAGCAUGAUAAUGCACGGCCCCAUGUUGCAAGGAUCUGUACACAAUUCUUGGAAGCUGAAAACAUCCCAGUUCUUGCAUGGCCAGCACACUCACCGGACAUGUCACUCAUUGAGCAUGUUUGGGAUGCUCUGGAUCGGUGUAUACGACAGCGUGUUCCAGGUCCUUCCAAUAUCCAGCAACUUUGCAAAGCCAUUGCAGAGGAGUGGACCAACAUUCCACAGGCCACAAUCAAGUACCUGAUCAACCCUAUGCAAAGGAGAUGUGUUGCAAAUAAUGGUCACACCAGAUACUGACUAGUUUUCAGACCCCACAGGCCUCCCCAAUACAGUAAAAUGCCUCAUUUUAGAGUGGCCUUUUAUUGUGGCCAGCCUAAUGCACACCUGUUCAAUAAUCAUGCUGUCUAAUCACCAUCUUGAUAUGUCACACCUGUAAGGUGGAUGGAUUAUCUCAGCAAAGAAGAAGUGCUCACUAACACAGAUUUAGACAGAUUGGUAAACAAUAUUUUAGAGAAAUAGGCCUUUUGUGUACAUAGAAAAAGUCUUAGAUCUGUGAGUUCAGCUCAUGAAAAAUGGGGGCAAAAACAAAAAUGUUGUGUUUUUAUAAUAUUGUUCAGUGUAUAUGUCUGACAGGCACUAGCAAGUUUUGAAAUUGUAAAAUGUAAAUCAUUGCAUUUCUGAGAAAUGCCAGUGUUUUCAUCAUCGACAAAAUUGCCGGGGCAAUAUCUUUGCUCCCAAAUCAUUUCUUUAAAGUGGCUCUGUCUCCAUCUACGGUAUUUGCAUAAUUUGCUACUUUCCCCCCUGUGCUGACUACUCAGCUGGCAUUGUAGCGGCUAAGGGGUGGAUGGAAAGUAUCUGAACCAGGCCCUUGUAGCCACCAUCUUCUUCCUUCCUUGUCUUCUUGAGCUGCCAGGAUCCGACAUCAGCGUUCUACUCUCAUGUAUGCACUACAGUACAACACUGAAGUCUAUGGAGGUUCCUGCAAACCGUAGGAUCCUCCAUGGACAAAGCCCUUUUCCCCUCAAAUGUCAUUGGUGAUUUCUGAGGGCUUGUUAAAUGUUAUCGCUGCCUUUUGUCAAGAGUAUGAAAAAUACUAAUACAAAGUAAGUCCUUACUCUGUCGUAGUAUAUUUUGACUGGGUUGGAAUUUCAGUAAAAUUGUUGUGCUCAAAGUUUUCUGGGAAAAACAUGUUGGAACUUUCAUUUUUGUAUUAUUAAAACACAUUUUCCCCACCCCUGUAUGACCCUUAGGAACAUUGUAUUGUUGUAUGGUAUCAUAAUAAGGAGGUGCUUUUGAUUGUGAUAGAAUUAUGAUGAUGAUAACAUACAUUUAGAAAAUACUGGCAUUUGAUAACAAAAACUGUAACUUGAAUAGAUAUUGCUAAUAGAAUGAAAAAUAAUGUUUGUUUUUUUUGUCUACACUAAAACAGUGGAGAAGUGUUAACAUACAUUCUAGCAGCAAAAUAGUUGCUUCAGUGUUGCGACUGCACUGAUAAAUAAUACUUCGAUUUCUAGGUCCUACAAAAAUCAGUCUUCCUGAUGAUUUCACUUUUUGCCACUUGAGGGAGCCAAAUAUAAUGCAAUUACAACAUAAAACCGCUCUUCAGUUGAAUCUCUGUGUGUAAUCUAGUUUUCAGUUAAAAUUGAAAGAAUCUUGUGAAAGAUGCACUCCAUGUUAGUUCUAAACAUGUCUUAGAAAGAUUUAUACAUGUUUUACUUUAUUUUUUUUAAAUGUAAAGGUGGAUUUAAAAGAAAAAAUAUAUAUUUUUUGAGUCUGAAUUAAAAGACCACUAAAAGCAGCCACAUCACUUCAUCACAGUGGCCACAUCGUUUUAAACCUGCAUUGUAGGAUAUUGCAGUUUUGUAGAAAGUGGAAUGUUUCCAUUGUAGAGUUUAACACACCUCUAGUGGCUGUCUUCUAAUGAGAAGCAAGUCAGACUUGGUUUUUAAUCGAAUACUGCCCCUAGAAAGGAGCACCUUACGUUGAUUUGCUGCACUUGCACUGUAGCCACCCAAUGGCAUAAUCAUGGUGGGCGAUAAGAUCUCAGCUAGGGAAGGGGAAUGACUGCGCCAAUGCCAGGUGAUUAAACUUACCUUUUUUCCCUCUUCAUCAAUCUUGAUGAUCUCAUAGGAUUGGGAGGCUAUUGCGCAGGCGUGGCAAAACAAGCAUUACUCUAAUCAUCAACCCCUCAUAGAGAUGCAUUUUUUUAUGGGGAGCAUUAGGUGCUGUACACUGUACAGCACUGGACUAGGAAGAACCUCUAGUGACCGUCUGAGUAACUGCAACUAGAGUAGUGACAGCAACUAGCCAGUAAUGUAAAUGUUUACAGUGCUAACACUGCAGGCACAGGCUGUAGACACCAGAACCACCACAUUAAGCUGUUGUGGUUCUGAUGAAUAUAAUGUCCCUUUAAGGUUUAGAUAUCUUGAGGUCCGUCUAUGUUUGUAGAUUUAGCUGCAGCUCUAGUAAAGUGAAUAUGUUUUAGAAGACCAAUUUGGCUGAUACUUGAGAAAGACCCAACAAAGUGGGAAAUUCCCAAGAUAUUACCAUUAAUUGAAGCCACUAUAUCAAGGUAAAAUGCAAACUUUAUUAAUUGAAAUAAAACCUAUAUAAACAACCCACCAAAAAAGCUUCUGUGGUUAGUAGACUAUACGUAUUGAGUAAUGAGAUAUGAUUUAGAGAGAUAUAUAGAGUGUAGCUGUAUUAUAAAAACUAAAAGUAUUCCUAUACUGGAAGUAAACUAGGAACAAACGGAUGAAGGAGAGAAUAUGAAUACAUCUCUUUUAACUAAACCUCCCAGAGAAUGAGAAUGAGACAGAUACACUGCAUCGAAGUUGUAGCCACCUAGUAUAACUGAUGAGAUGUUACAAAAAUGUGAUGUUAUGUAAUCAAGCUCAAUCAGUGAAACUAGAAAAUACCACCUAGAACUCCCAUUAAAUUUCAAAAAGGGACAAUUAACUGGGUAUACAGACUGCUUGAAGGUAGCAUUAGGUAUGAAAGCAAUGUUUGAAUACAAAACAGGAAGUAGUAUUGGAGUAAGAAUUAAAGUUUAGAAAAAAGGCAACAUUGAAGUGUAGUUAAUACAGGUAUGAAGUAUUCACUGCCUCUAUAUUCUAAAGAUAAAUUCUAUAUUGCUAAUAAUAAUAUGCUACCCCCCUACUGCUUCGAGGCAGUCCUUAAGGUGUUUAAAUAUAAAGCAGAGAGUGGUAAAGGAGUUAGGAUUAGAGUUUAGAACAAAGGCAACAUUGAAGUGUAGUUAAUACAGGUAUGCGGCAUUCCCUGCCUCUAUAUUCUAAUGAUAAAUUCUAUACCACUAAUAAUAAUAUGCUACCCCCCUACUGCUUCGAGGCAGUCCCUCAGGUGUUUAAAUAUAAAGCAGCGAGUGGUAAAGGAGUUAGGAUUAGAGUUUAGAACAAAGGCAACAUUGACGUGUAGUUCAAAUAAAUAUGGAGAAUAACCUGCAUCUAAAUUCUAAAGGUAGAUACUAUACUCUUAAUAAUAAUGUUAACCCCCUACUCAGUGGUGUAUCCUGGUUUUGUGCUGCCUAGUCCAGUAGGGCUAGUCUCUAAUAUUCCUGCAAUUCAUGCUCUGCUCCCUCGCAUGUCCUCUGUAGUGAUGCCGGGACAAUAGUAAUAUAUAGUUAGGAUAGCCUUAUGCCUAUCCCACACAUGCUUAAACAUAGUAAAGGAGUUUAAGCAUGCGUGGGAUAGGCAUAAGGCUAUCCUAAGUAUAAGAUAAGGCUAGGGACUAAUGAAAGUAUUUAUAAAAUAGGGCAGACCAGAUGGGCCGAAUGGUUCUUAUCUGCCGUCACAUUCUAUGUUUCUAUGAUACGAUAUUCCUUCUUCCGGCAUCACUUAACAGCACAUGGGGGAGCAGAGCAUGAACUGCAGGAAGAUUACUCCUCCCUCGCCGCCUGCUUCCUGCCUCUGCGGUGUUCUAUCCUAUUACCGGCCGCCUCAAAUGAUCUCCAGUGCAGGCCACCUCCUUGCUCCCUCAACUGUCCGCCUCCGCUGAUGGUAUGUGCCAGGACAAAAUCUCUAGUCGUUAUUGCGACCUGGGAUCUGUCGAGCCCUGGCUUAUAUUCUAAAUGAAGAGAAUUAGAUACAUUGUUGAAUUUCUCAUGUUUCUGUAUGCUUUCCCUUUUGUGACCACUAGUUACAAAGGACAGAAUUUCUGUUUAAGUUUAACAGCAAUUUGUAACAGUUAACAGUGAUUUGUAAAAUAUGUGACCGUUUAAUUUCAUUUUACACAGUUUUGGAAAAAAGCGUUAUUGGCUUGCUGGGAGAAGGGCAACGCAGGACAGAAUGUGCAGAAAGUUGACAUUUACUAUAAGUUUAUUGAGGAAGCCUCAAUGACCGCUUAAGGGCUUUUCCUCAGCGUUCAGCAAAGCAGGCAGUUGUUUAAAGGCAGAGAAUGUCCCUCAUGCAGCAUUAUUGACUCCCUGCAAUGCACAAAACUGACUCCUUGUGUAAAACUAGGUCAUCAUCCGUAUUUGCUAGUCUAGAUGGAGGAAAAGCCUUAUUGUCUUGUAUUCUGUAUAGAAACUCUCAUGUAACAGAGUUUUUCAUUUUUAAUAAUUGCCUAAAAACUGUAUAUGAUUUGCAUUCUCUGUUGUCAAUGGACUUGUUUUAUUUGUAUUUUGAAUUUACAGAACAAACCACAUACUCUGUCUCUGUCAUAUUAGAUUAACUAGGAAUGGCUAAUUUACAAAUUCUUAUUUGCUAAUUGUUAGUGCAGGUGGCUGUGCAAUUUACUGGGUUUCUUACAGCAAGAGAUGGAAGAUUAAAAAUUACCCAGUGUUUAGUGUGUGUAUGUGUGAUGUUUGCUGUCUGUAUGUGGAAUGUGCGUGAGUGUAUAUAUAUAUGUGAUGUAGCUGGCUGUAUUCAAUGUUUUUUUGUGAUCUCUGCCCUAUUUGCCCCCCUCUUGCAAAGCUCUAUGCAGAGAUGGAGGCUACAGUUCAGCUCAACGCGCAACCGGCGGCAUUCCCAGCCUGCACUUUUGACUCAAUAGUGAUUUCUAUUGUCCGCACCCACCAUAGGUGCUCUCUGUCCUGCCUCUGAUUCCCCACGUUUCUUGUAGCAGCCCUGCCGCUUGCAGAUGGCAGAGCUAAAGGCAGGAAAAAGGAUGCCUUGCGCCCGGAACUGCAUUGCAUGUACCCAGCAUUGGGCGAUAGGAAUUCCAUACCCCUUUAUGCAUAAAUUUUAUUGCUUAUUUCAUGGUGAAAUUAUUAUUUUUAUUUAUCAAGACAACACACAACUCUAACUAACAAAUGUAUAGAGACUGGAGCGAGCAUCACGACAAGGCCGCAGAUAAAAGUAAGGAUAGCAAUGUCAUCACAAAGUGAACAGGGCGAUAGAAUCCUACAGAAUAUAGUCCUCACAACAAGUAAAACAUCCAGAGUAAUUACACAAUAUAGCCUCCAUCUCUCAGCUAAAAAUGAAUUCUAUAACAAUAGUAAUUUAAAACUAAAAUCCAGAUAAGAGCAAAAAGGUAUAUAGAGAAAGUAUGGUAUAAGAAAAUAAUUCACAUGCUGCGCAGAGAACAAAAAAUAAAUAAAAAAACAGGUUUACUUACCCCAAAAAUUAAACACCAUGUUUAAAUGCAAUAUCUAAGAUCAUGAUGUUGCAAAAGCAACACUGUCACUGUCUUACAUGGUGAGAGUGAGAUUUACUUACUGGAAUCGUCCCCCGUGUACACAGCAAUUUUGUUCAGUCUGUUCCGACGUCACUGCUUACAUCCCGCACAUGCGUGAGUGUAUAGCAUUGAGGUCCAUGGAGGGCCUCACGGGAUCUUCCCUAGACACAGCCAAUUCCCUGCAGCCGUCACUGAUGACUGGAGGGAUUGACACUUAGACUUCGCCCUGAACCUAAGAAAUUGAGGCGGAGGAGAAAUACAGAGGCAAAGGAGUCUGUACUUUAUUUCUGUAUAUUUCUGGACUUGGUUGGAAUUUCAGUGACAGGCAAAUUUGAAAGAUUUCUUCAUAACUAAGAAGGUAUUCCAAACUGGAAGAAACAGACUCUCCAACACAUGCACAAAGAUACAAACUAACAGAUACAUUCCUAGACAUACGCACAGAGAUACACGCUCCCAUACACACUAAUACAGAUACAUGCUUACGGAUACACAUGCUCAGCUACAUGUAUUCAUUUUAAAACAAGCAGAGAAACACACAUGCACAGUGCCAUAUGCAGACAAAAAUUCCAAUACAGCUGUACACUGCUAGACACAAUCCCAGGCACUGCCACACUCUAAUACCUAUUGCUUCCCACACACACAGAUGCACAAUGACACAAACUUAUUUACUGAUACUUAUUUAAUGACAUACACAGAAAUAAAUUGUUAUAAACAUAUUUUUAGACAUUCCCUUUUCCUUGAGUGGCUUACCUGGAUUCUAAUGGGAGCUGGCUGCUGCAGGUCACUGUCUCUACUCUCCCACACACGGCUCUAUUGGUACCACGAGGAAGUCACAUGUAAUCACAUUAUCUUAUCCCAGAACUGCAGUGCAACAGAACAUACAGUGCUGGUACACAUUAAAGGCAGUGUGGUUUGGGGAGAUUGUUCUAUCUUGUCAGCUGGACCACAUGGUGCUAAAGGGCUCCAAAUGGACCAUGGUGAUUUACCAGGACCCUGAAAAGAUUAUGAGCUGUAUUGGCAACUCUGCCGGUGUGUAAGUUUAAUUGCAGCAUGAACUGAAGAAACAACCAUUUGCGUUAUUCUUCUUUAAUUUAUGCAACUGCUAAGUGUGGAUUCUAGGGUAACCCAGGCUGGGUGAAAAUUUACAGCAAUUGUACCCAGGUCCAUUUAGCCGUGAGUUUACUUUUUUUUUUUUUUUUAUUGCUAUUCUUUUAAAGGUAUACAUUGUCCAUGUGAUGGAAUUGGAUAUAAUAUGCAUCAAUGAUGUUUCCAAGUUGAUAAAUAGUUUGAAAAGUAGAAAUCUUACUUUCCUUUCAUAGUUCUUUAAUUUCUUCCCUUUUAGAUGGUUCCACCCAAAUAUCACAGGUGUUGAAGCAGAAAACCUCCUGUUAACACGUGGAGUAGAUGGGAGUUUCUUGGCUCGUCCCAGUAAGAGUAACCCAGGGGAUUUUACACUUUCAGUGAGGUUUGUACCUUAAAUCCUGCCCUUUUUAUUAUGUUUGUCUUUUUUUAACUUGAUGUUUUGUAAAUUACAUUGCUGUGACGCAGUGUGGUACAUUCAUAUGCUACAUCCAUGCCCCUUUACACCGCAUGCAGCACCAUACUAUAAUUCCUCUCACUUGCUAUGUUUCACCCAGUUUAGACACAUUUUAUCCCCAUUCCAAAAUUUCAAGUCCUACACUGCUCAAUUGGCUCAAAAGUGACCUGGCCACUGUAAUCUUGGAGGGUGCAUGGGUGAAUUUAUACCUGACAGGACUAUAUUUUCACUAGCAAAUGAUUUGUGCGUAAGUGGCAAUGUUAAGCUUUGCCAAUAAUUAAAAUUCCUGUUUACAUUUCAUUUCUCACUUGCUUUGUCAUAGGCAUGUUUUGUAAUGCAUCCAGCUUCUUGCAAAAUCACAAUUAUACCAGACUCUGUCAGAGUAGUGCAGAUAUCUAAAUAGUGGGUGGCCAUGACACCUGCAUCUUCUGCCAGGAGAGUUCCUGCACCAAAUUUAGUUUUUCACUGGUGCAGAUAUCUGCCUGGAAAAUAAAGUAGUGCUGGAGGAUAGUGUGUUAAAGGUACACUCCAUCGAAAAAGAACAAAACAGUUUUUUCUCUGUUUCAUAGAUAACCCCUCCAAAGUAACUUGCAUGUUCUCUUGGGCAGGGGGGGGGGGGUGUAUAUGAAAAAGAAAAGCUCACUAAAUUUGCAGUUUUGGCACAUUUAUUUUGCUGUUUAAAAUCUUUCAUUGUGCAGUAAAAGGGUACUGUGUCUUGGCUGGAUUUUGGAGAGUGAAAAAAGAAUAUUUCCUAUUUUGUUAUUGCAGACGAAACGGAGCUGUAACUCACAUAAAGAUCCAGAACACUGGAGACUACUAUGACUUGUAUGGAGGGGAGAAGUUUGCUACACUGGCUGAACUUGUCCAGUAUUACAUGGAACAUCAUGGGCAACUUAAGGAAAAGAAUGGGGAUGUUAUUGAGUUGAAAUAUCCACUAAAUUGUGCAGAUCCCACGUCUGAGAGGUGAGUGAUGUUCUUUUCUUCAGCAAUGAUCAUGGUGUUUUUUGAAUACUCUCCAGACAUAAAGGGACACACACUCAUGUUCAUCAACAUCUGAAAGUCUACUUUACCACUGAUCUGUUUCAUUCCAGGUGGUUCCAUGGGCAUCUUUCUGGAAAAGAGGCUGAAAAGCUACUAACAGAAAAGGGUAAGCAUGGAAGUUUCCUGGUGCGGGAAAGCCAAAGUCAUCCUGGAGACUUUGUCCUAUCUGUACGCACGGGAGAUGACAAAGGAGAAAGCAACGAUGGCAAGUCCAAAGUGACCCAUGUCAUGAUCCGAUGCCAGGUAAACCUAUUUAUUUGUAUGUGCUUAAUCUUGUAUUGUUAAUUCAUGACCAAUCUUUUUUUGGCCCCAUGUAUUUGAGUAGGAAAAAAAACAACAGCCUAGAUUUCUGUUGCUGUCCCUGGCACCUGAAGCGUAUUAAAGGACUACUAAAGUAACACAGGCCACUUCAUUUCAAUGAAGUGACUUGGAUGAAUUGGUUCUAGUUUUUAACCUUGCAAUGUAAAACACUGUAGUUUUUUAAAAAAAAACUGAAAAGUUUACAUUGCAAAGUUAAAUCCACCUCUAGUGGCUGUCUUUCCCAUUUAUUGUCCACUUGUCAGAUUUGGUUGACUGUCAUUGGCUUUAACUGUGCAUUCUAACACAAGCUGUGUGGCAGAGGUAAGUGACGGAGGUAACUUUUGAGUAACUUCUUUUUUAUAUAAAAUAUAUCUUUACUGUGACAGUAAGUGUAUAGGUUAUUACAAAUAAAUUACAAAAUCUGCAUUUUAUUGAGUCAUGUAAAUAGUUUUCUGUCAAAAUAAAAAAACAAACAAACAUUGUUUGCAUUACAAAUAUUAGUGUAUAAUUUAUUUGAAAAUGUGAUUGAUGCACAGCUAGCACCUCAUUGUAGUAAAAAAUGCAAUUUUGUAAAUAGUUUGCUGUAUUCACAAAAUGUAUAUUAUUGGAAAUGGUAUAAUUUUAAUAUUCAAGUCAUUCGUUCACCCAUGAAAGAAAUAUUAAGGAAAGUUAUUUUGUUUAUAAAAAAAUAAAAAUAAAAAAACGCAAAAAAAAAAAAAUCUAUCUAUCAUUAUACAUAUAAAAGGAUAUCCCUUUUUUGGUAAUGUUUUCGGGUCUGAAAUAUUACCAUGCAAGCAAUUGUCACGGCCCCCGGCUCGCCGCCAUGUGCGUCAGUGCCCGACCGGCACGACCGCACCAACUCACUGAGCUUACCUGCUCAGCGGCGAGCCGGGAACCGUUCCUCCACACCACUCGGGGAAAUCCAAGAUGGCGCCGACCAUGAGGUCGCGUCCAUCCAUGGCUCCACCCCCCAAAAUUAUACGAACGUGCGCGUGACGUAACGACGUCAACGCAUGCGCACGUUCUGGGGUCAGAGGUCACGCUCUGACUAAUCAGAGCCUAGAGAGGGAUAUUCAAAUCCCUAAUUCACCCCAGUACCUUGCCCUGUCGUGGUUUCCUGUUCCUGGUUCUCUAGAGUGCGUUUAUCUUUGUGAAUAUUACUUCCUGGUAUCCUGAUCUUUGCUUUUCCCUGGUUAUUCCGAAUUCUGGUUCCCCUGACUUGGCUUGUUUAAAUGGUAUCUGAGUAUUUCUGGCUUCCUUGACCUCAGCCUUCCCUUUGACCAUUCUCUAUCUCUAGCAUAUUAGUCCGGCCAUUCUAAGGUCCGGUUUACGCUCUGUCCUUUUAUUUCCUUUCCUUUUGUAUGUAUAUGUUUACAUAGUUUCUGCGUGUUGGAUCACACUAGCAGCCAUGACAGCAAUAUGGUUAUUGGUAAUUAACCUGGUGACAUUUUUAGCAAUGCAGCUUCAUAUAAAAUGUCAGCACAAUGUAAAAUACCUAUAUACCGUAGUACCUUACAGUCAUGCUAAACUAUUGUACUGGGUUUUUAAAGAUGCCCUUUACAAAGAAUCCAUAUUCCAUUCUGAUUGGCACAGUACACCCCCCUCUUCUUCUCACUCCCUAUUUGUUAAAAUGUGUGAAUAAACAUAGAAUGUGACGGCAGAUAAGAACCAUUCGGCCCAUCUAGUCUGACCAAUUUUAUAAAUACUUUCAUUAGUCCUUGGCCUUAUCUUAUAGUUAGGAUAGCCUUAUGCCUAUCCCACGCAUGCUUAAACUCCUUUACUGUGUUAACCUCUACCACUGCAGCUGGAAGGCUAUUCCAUGCAUCCACUACCCUCUCAGUAAAGUAAUACUUCCUGAUAUUAUUUUUAAACCUUUGUCCCUCUAAUUUAAGACUAUGUCCUCUUGUUGUGGUAGUUUUUCUUCUUUUAAAUAUAGUCUCCUCCUUUACUGUGUUGAUUCCCUUUAUAUAUUUAAAUGUUUCUAUCAUAUCCCCCCUGUCUCGUCUUUCCUCCAAGCUAUACAUGUUAAGAUCCUUCAACCUUUCCUGGUAAGUUUUAUCCCGCAAUCCAUGAACCAGUUUGGUAGCCCUUCUCUGAACCCUCAAAAAGCUGUCAGAAGUGGGAUUUGAACCAGAACACUUAUAUGGUGGAAGAAGUUGAUCUUGAGUCUGGCGCCUUAGACCGCUCGGCCAUCCUGACACUGUAAUAAAGUUUGUAAUUCAAAUUUUUUUUGUAGGAUGAGGGCGAUGUCCAGUUACUUUGUACUCCUGUCUAUGGACAAAAUGAAAACAAUCUGAUAAAUCUGUUUCUCUAAAGUUCUAGAGUUAAAAAGUAGGGCAAGCAAGACUAAAACUAUUGUUUUGCAGUACAAACUAAAAGUAAAAAUGUAUACCCCGUUUUGGUAGUGAAGAGGUUACUUGAGGAAUUAUAAAAUAAACACAUUUAUUUUCAACAUUAACAAAACUCAAUGUCAUUGUUUGCAGAAAACAUAAAUUGUAUUUCUGUCUGCACAACAUGAUGUGGGCAGGUAAUAAAUAAGUAUAACAUAAAUUGCAAUUUAUAUGAAGAUUGGAUGCACCUGCUCUGUGACUGAUUCCCAAAUUCCAUGUGUCACCAUUACCGCCCUGAGUAUAUAUUUAUUUUAUGUGUGUAAUCCAUCAGUUUGUCUGUUCUUUAUAUCCUUGGUGUUAUUUUAUAAAUAUGUGUUUCAGAUUACAUUUGGAGGGACUGUUAACCCUUCAAUGUCUCUUCAGGAUAUCCUUAAAGCAUGUUUACUGUCUGAAUAGACCAAUAACAUAAGAAUCUAUUUUCUAGAUAUUGUACACCUGUUUGAGAAUUACUUAGGGGACUACUUUUUUAUCACACUUUGCUCUCAUCAAAAUUUUUAUACUUGCCAAUGUCAAAAUAAUUUAGAACAGCGAAAAAAAGCCAGUGUUGUACUGAAGAGCUCUCAAUUGAACCAUUUGUUUUCUGCAGCUUUUCAUUGGUCAAAUCCUCACUUGCACGCAAAACUGUAUUGUAAACAUUAGGUAAUUGAAAAGGGAAAAAUUACAAUCCUGCCCGUGCUUAUUUGCACAUACCACUUGGAAUUCUGGGAUAGUGAAUGCAAAUAAAUUUGAAGCAGCCCUGUCGUGUCAUAGUUUUCAUGAAGAUAGAUUUUUAUUUAUAUAUCACUGAAAUUCCAAUACAGUCAAAAGAUACUCCUAGACAAAAUAAAGACUACUUUGUUUUAUGUACGUGUAACAAAUGCACAACAAGUGUGUGGCUGAAUUGUAAUGAGCUUUCAAUUGACAUAAUUUUCCAUUUCCCAAUGACAUGUAGUGUCAAAAUAACAUGACAUGGAUCUUUUAAAGAGCAUGCUAUUUUAUCUUUGCUCUAUGUGCUGUCUCUAUUAAACUUUUUAUUUUUCUAUCAGUAAUCACUUUAAAUUGCAUGUUUACAUGGAACAUAACUUUAGUUUCUCAUUUUCCAGGAUCUGAAAUAUGAUGUUGGUGGGGGGGAGAAGUUUGACUCUCUGACAGAUCUUGUGGAACAUUAUAAGAAAAACCCUAUGGUGGAGACACUUGGGACAGUAUUACAGCUGAAACAGGUAGGAGACAGAAAAAAGAAAAAAAAGUCAUAGCCAUCUCAUUGUUUCACUACCAAUGGGAAAUAGGUAUAAUCAAUUAAUGUUGCUUUCUUUCUUAACGGCAGCCCUUGAAUACAACACGUAUUAACGCUGCAGAAAUUGAAAGUCGGGUAAAGGAACUGAGCAAACCAGCAGAGACUGCAGAUAAAUUUAAGCAGGGCUUUUGGGAAGAAUUUGAGGUACAUUUGCAUUGUUUUCUCCCUUUCUUCUUUUUCUCCUUUAUCAGUCUAUUUACUGCUCUAAGAGUUGAGAUUAGCUCUGAGGUUGCAGGCUUUAUAUUUAUAUGGUAACCAAAAAAAAUAAAAACCUGUUUCUGUAGGACAUGCAAGCCAAACUCUAUCCAGCAAAAUAACUCGGUAGUUAGUUCUCAACUUGCAGAAUAGCUGGAUUUUAUGAUGGUUUUUAUCCCACCUAUUUUCAGCCUUUCAACCUUCGCAGGUCAAUAAAUACAGUAUGAUUGCGUUGGGUAAUAGCAUCCAUAUCCAGUACAUUUUUCUUGAAGAAAAAAAACGAAAUAAGCACCCCUCCCCCCCCCAAAUAACCCCAACUAAUUUAUAUCAUUCUAUACCUUCACUAGUUAAAUAUUCUGAUACUGGCAUCUUAGAGUUGUUUUAAUCCAUUCCUUGACUCAAAGACCAACUUGCACAUAUUUGGCAUUUCAUUGGUGGAGUAUAAAUGAAUUCUGUUAUCUGAGCAAAGGAGCAGUGAUGAGUGGCUUCUCUUUAAAGCAUUUUAUUGCAUCUCUCCCUUUUAAUGGCACAUUUCCCUUCUGUCUUUUCCUACACACUCUGUGGCAUUGCAGUAUUCUCUGCAAGCUAGAGCUGCCCUCCCUAUAUAAUGCCUAACACUGCAGUGCUUGAUGCAGAAUGUAGUGCUGCAUAAUGACAGUGGCUGAAGGAAAAGGCCAAAACGAAUGACUGUGCAGGAGUGAGGAACUCAACUACUGAUGCCAUAAAAGUGCCCAGAUAACUGAUUCUUAGAUUGCAAGCCGCAUGGAACAAAAAUCACGAUGCCUACAAUUAUUAUUGUUGUUGUUAUUGCCAGUAUUGUGUACACUAUACACAUUUAUAUGGCAAUUAAAUCAUCUCAGAAAAUAAACUGUUUCCUUUUUUUGCUGGAGGGGCCCAGAAAUGCAUUUUUUGUGCUAUAGAAUUAAUGAGUCUAUUAAUGAAAACCUGUUCAGUGUAUUGCCAGUAGCACACAAUGAAAAGCUUCCUUCUGAAUGUUUGAAUGGAAUCCCUUGACAAAUUGAUCCUGAAGGUUAAUUUUAUUCCUGUACGCAAUCAUUCAGCACUUAAUAGGAGUCAGACAGGAAGAUAUAAUCCCUUGUGCAAACAGGUAUAUCAAGCAAACCUCUUUCUGUCAUAUAUUCAGUGUCCCAGAAAAAGUUUGCAUUUCGGUGAAGCUGACUGCAUUAACUUUUUUUUUUUUUUUUUUAAAGAUUUCCCCACUGAUUUAUAUGCAGUGAUAAAGUUUGCUCUGUUAGUAAAAGGCAUGCAUAAUCCUGAAUUUAAAUAAUGUGAAAGGGAGUGGGUGUUACAUACAAAUAAAAAUAAAAUUUUGACACUAACAAUCAUGGUUUUGAACCACUAAAUGAAAAGGGUAAGAAGAUACAGAGAAACAAAAUAACGAUAUCAGAAAAAAAAACAUUCUGGUGUUUGAUCUUGAUUUUGUAUUUUUAAUGUGAUUUGUUAGCCACUGAAUACAUUUAUUUUAUCCCUGUUUGUUUAGAACAAUGUAGCCAAAUAUAACUUCUCCAAAUGUAGGACUAUAAAACCCAUGAUGCCCUCCCAGCCUCAAGGCUUCAUGGGACUUGUAGUUAUUAAAUAGCUAUGGGUACAUUUUGACCAUGCCUAGUUUAUAGAGUGAUGAUUACAGGCACAGCAUCUUGAGAAAUUAAUGGAGUACAUGUAACAGCAUGUCUUUUUUCCAAUGCUAUUUUCAUUUGGUAUUGUCACUGCCUUUUGUUGGUCAAGGUUACUAAGUAGAUACUGGAAUAAGCUUUAGAUAUAUAAUUGGGUAUUUAGUUUUACAACCCCCCUGAACAGUUUCCUCUUUGGAACUGCUGUGUUACUUACAAGAGGGCUGUAUAUUUUAAGAACACAUUAACAGCAGACCUCAUUGUGUCUCUGACAGAUAGGUAAUUGCUCAGUCUGGGGAUUGGUUCUGGGACAGGUGGAGAGAAAGUGGACAGCAUCUUCUUUAACUGACAAAAGAUAAAUGUAUCCCAGGCCUUUUUAUGUGAGAUGGUUUGUGUUGCAACUAUUUUCCAGACAUUGCAACAGCAGGAAUGCAAACUUCUGUACAGCCGCAAAGAGGGACAGAGGCCUGAAAACAAAAACAAGAACCGUUACAAGAAUAUCUUACCCUGUGAGUAUGACAUGGUAGUAAACAGCCCCAGAGUCUGACUACUAAUUUAUAGUGCUUUUAAAAGGCCCACCAUAUAAAAGGCUUUUUUUGAAACGGUAUCUUCUUCUUUCGCCACAUACUAUAAGGUCUGUAGGACAAAUUCUGGUUCUCCUGCCAACAAACACAAUGGUUCCCCCUCAACUUUCUUUGGGGCCAAACUCCAGUACAAGGGGAUGCUUUAUUUUCAUCCCCCUAGGAAUCUACAUAGAUCCACUUAUGUUGUUUCAGUGGUUAUGCUCUAUAUGCUUUGUAUUUUGAACUGUUAUUAGGAUACAAAGGGUCCAGUCUAAAUUGCACUGUUUGUUGCUAAUUGACAGUUUGUCACAUGGUGAGAAAAGGAGUAGGCCUGACGAGUUUGUAACCUCUUCGCUCAAGAUCUGUUCCCAUGCAAGGAGCAUGCAAAAAAGAUAAGAGUGAGCUGCGGCUAGGGCAGUCACUCAGACUGACAGCCAUGCACUUACCAAUUUACACUGGUAACUUAAAGGGUUACUUCAAGCACCAUAAGCACUUCAGUGAUUUGAAGUGGUUAUUGUAUCUUGAGUUGGUAUGCAUUUCACUGUGAAACGCUGCACAAUACAGAGACUAACUCCUUAGCGGCCUAGGUGUAUCUCUACCACUGGCAAUGUCAUUAUCCAUCGUUCCAGGCUGGCUAAUGUCAAUUCUGUGCAAAAUUUGCUUCUGACCACUGCAUGCACAGCAUACUUUCCUGCCAAUUCUCCCCUCAAUUCAUCCUCCUUCUCCCAAUUGCUAACAAGGGCACACAAAACAAUGUGGCAGUGGUAAAGGAACAUAUACACAUACAUAGUUCCUUCGUUUCCUUAUUCAUUUUCGAUUACUGGUCCUCCAUAAAUCAUUGCAUUGCUAUUGAAAUUACCUGAAAUUCAGCAUAUAGUUAGACACCUCACUGCAGCUUGAUCUGCUCUCACUGAAGUCAUCAGGAUUGAUGACUUGUAUCCAAAAAACUGCUUUUCAUAGAGAAUUAUUGCAGACAUGCUGCACAUGCGUGUCGGUUGCUGCGAUCUGCCAGUCUAUCGUUUCUCUAUAAGAAGUAUUAAAUCCAGUGCUUUUUAUAGAGAAGAAUAGGAUGCAAACAUAGAAUUCAGCGUCAACAUUUGCAUGCAGAUGCCAGAUGUAAUGUGAAUCCAUUAAUUAAAUCUGUUUUAGUCCCGAUCUAUGGGCAUUGCAAAGUAUAAAUUGUGCUAGGUCUCACAAAUGGCACUGUUUACAACAGCAAAACAGUAGGGGCAGCAUCUAUUCCCCAAAACCACAAAGUUGAAACCGUCGCUUUAAAAAAAAGGUGGAAAAAUAAUUUCACUAUUCAAAUAUCGUUGAACUUCACAAUAAGAUAUAUGGUUCCAAAUAUUCUAAAUGAAAUCAGUUCUAAUAAUUCAAAGCUGUGCUGGAGGUGUAAUCGUGAAGUGGGUUGUUCUAAGCAUAUUUGGUGGGACUGUGUAAUGAUCAGACCAUUAUGGAUUAGGGCUUCCAAAGAAAUUUCCCAUUUGGUUCAGGAAGACUUGGAUCUCUUGGAGUUUUGUGGCAGCUCUUUUUCAUUUUAAUCUAUCUAGAUUUCCUUCCAAAAAGAUAUCUAAUAAUACAACUGUUAAUGGCCAUAAAAGUAGUUUUAUCAAGACACUGGCUACAACAAAUCUUGCUACAAAGGGGAUUUAUUUUCAAUCAGGAGAAGGUUCGGUUUUGGAAAAAGAUGGCUCCCUUGGGUAAGGACUUUAACUGAAAUAAGCCAUCAUACUCAAACUUAAAAUCUCCAUUUAUAGAUUGGCUGUGGUCUCCUAAAUUAAAUCUGUGAACAUAAUAUUCUUUCAGUCCGCAAAUUACCCUUUGACUUGAUUUAGAUCUGCUGAAACAAGAAAAAACAAAAAAAGCUCCCAUAAAUACAACAUCUGGUGUCCGUUCACACCAAAAAUGUACAUAGUCUCUAUGUCUGUAUAUGGAAUACUAUCUAUCACAGAUUGCAAUAUAUUAUAUCUAAUCAUUGUAUGUAUGUAGAUUAUGUUGUCUUUUUGUAUUGUGAAAAAAAACAACAAUAUUUUCUAAUAAAUAUUAAUAAAAUAAAAUAUUUUCUAACAAAAAAAUUAAAAAGAAAUGCAAAUCCAUUGAUCUACAGCAUAUUCCAUUGAGGGAAUGAUGUCCAUUUCUAUGUCACCUUUACAGUUUGAAAAACAGAAUUUUUAAGUAUAAAACCCUAUUGUUUGUUGCAUCUGAUUACAAUACACCUUCCUAUCUGCCAUUCAGAAUGCGGUCUGAUAAACUCAAGCGUCCACUCAUUGUAUGGAGUCAUCAGACCAGACUGCCUCUGUGCACAUGUAGGGAGAAAAGAAUCAUUCUCCCAUCGCCAACUAAAUUAUGCUAACACAUUAUAGCAGCAAACAUAAUUUAAAAUGAGCACAUUAAUCAUUUCUUUUCUUUUUUUGUUUGUUGUAGUUGAUCACACAAGGGUUGUUCUUCAUGAUGGAGAUCCCAAUGAACAGGUGUCUGAUUACAUCAAUGCCAAUACAAUUAUGGUGAGAACACACCUGAAUUUUUAAUAAAAAAAAAAUAUAUAUAUUUUCAAAUAGUUUUUAUUUAAAAUGUAAAAUCUAUCUAAUCUCCAGUCUUGUAUGCAUUGAUAUUCAGAAAAUGUAUUGUAAAAAUUAUCAAUUGUAUUUUACGACAUGAUUAUUGAGUUUAAAAAUGUUGGUUAAUUUAGGAUCCACUUCUCUAUAAUGCAUCAUUGCAGCCUGAAUUUGAAACAAAGUGCAACAACAUGAAACCCAAGAAACGGUAUAUAGCUACUCAGGGUUGCUUGCAAAAUACAGUUAACGACUUCUGGAGAAUGGUGUUUCAGGAAAAUUCCAGAGUUAUUGUAAUGACUACAAAAGAGGUAGAGAGAGGAAAGGUGAGUCUAGUGGAUGAUAUUCUGGAUUUAGUUUUCUAACCAUGUGUGUCUCUAUAUACACAUCAUCAUUUAGUGUUUAAAUUUAACUAUUUUAUAUUUUGAAUUGUCACAGAGUAAAUGUGUGAAGUACUGGCCUGAGGAGUUUGCAUUAAAGGAAUAUGGCGUUAUGCGUGUGAGAAAUGUAAAAGAAACUCCAGCUCAUGAUUAUAUAUUGAGAGAACUUAAACUUUCAAAAGUUGGACAAGUGAGUAUUGUCUUAAUAUUAGGGUUUUCAUGAAACAAUAAGGUUUAGUAUGGUAAGCUGCUGUGGGGCAGUUGUCCUAAAAUUAAUGGAACGUUUUUUCUGAUAUCUAAACUUUUAUAACUCCCCAAUAGCAUUGUUUUGCAUAACUUUUGUUUUAUGACUGCUUUCGCUGAUGUGUAACUCAAUUGUUUGUACAGGAAGGUGUUGAUUUUAGAACUUUAAAGGGUCACUUAUGUAUCACAGUGCUUUUUCUUCCCAGCAAAAAUAUUUUUCUUACUUCUAAUUGAUUUAUGAAAUGUUUGCACUCCGCUCUGAAUUUGUCAGCUUUCAUUUAUGUUAAAAGGAAAAUGGUUUUCUUGUCCUGUUAAGGGUAACACAGAGAGGACUGUUUGGCAAUACCAUUUCAAAACCUGGCCUGAUCAUGGAGUUCCUACUGACCCUGGUGGUGUAUUGGACUUUUUAGAAGAAGUCCAUCAUAAACAAGACAAUAUUGCAGAACCUGGGCCUGUCGUAGUUCACUGCAGGUAAGGCCUGCCUUUACAAUUGCAGACAGCUGUUCUCAUUAAGGUAAUUUGAGGUAGAGCACAGGUAACCGAUUGUGCACUAAGUUCCACAGCGAUAUGAACAAAUAAAGCUUUGCAGUUGAUUAACUAGGAGAUGGUCAUUACAUAUUGCUCUCUUCUCUCCCAUUAAAGGACCACUAUAGUGCCAGGAAAACAUACUCGUUUUCCUGGCACUAUAGUGCCCUGAGGGUGCCCCCACCCUCAGGGUCCCCCUCCCGCCCGGCUCUGGAAAGGGGUUAAAACUUACCUUUUUCCAGCGCUGGGCGGAGAGCUCUCCUCCUUCUCUCCUCCUCCGUUCUGCCCGUCGGCUGAAUGCGCACGCGCGGCAAGAGCUGCGCGCGCAUUCAGCUGGUCACAUAGGAAAGCAUUUACAAUUCUUUCCUAUGGACGCUGGCGUGCUCUCACUGUGAAAAUCACAGUGAGAAGCACGCAAGUGCCUCUAGUGGCUGUCAAUGAGACAGCUGCUAAUGGGAAUGGGGGAAGGCUUAACCCAUUAAUAAUUAUAGCAGUUUCUCUGAAACUGCUAUAAUUAUGAAAAAAUGGGUUAACCCUAGCGGGACCAGGCACCCAGACCACUUCAUUAAGCUGAAGUGGUCUGGGUGCCUAGAGUGGUCCUUUAACCAUAACAUAAACAUAGCAGUUUCUCUGAAACUGCUAUGUUUAUAGAAAAAAGGGUUAACCCUAGAUGGACCAGGCACCCAGACCACUUCAUUAAGCUUCAUUAUAGUGGUCCUUUUAAGAGAAUAGGGAAAUGUAAUGCUCUCUUGCACAGGUCCACACCAUGUUACCUGGACCUUUUGGUUUGAGAACUAGUGUUUUAGCAAGAAAUCCAUAUUUGCUUCACAGAUAAAUAAAAGUAAAAUAACAGCAAGGAUUUACUGCAUAUUUAAUGUUAGUGAAUACAAUACACGUGUUUCAUUUUAUGGAAAGAAGUUUCCAAAAAAAAGAAAUUGUCCUCCCCUCCUUUCAUCUCAUGUAGUUUUUAGCUACUGAUUGUUGUAGAGGUGUAAAUAAUGCAAAAAACCCACCUUUGUUUUAUAUAUGAUUCCCUGUAUAAAUGUGACUGUUUUUGCUCUUUUGCAAACUGUAGUCCUUAGAACCGGAAGACAAUUUCAAUAUAACUUAUGUGUUUGUGGAGGAUUUUAUUGAUAUACAGCAGUGAAAUGUAAUGUGUUGUUUGACAUUGACCUCUCUGUUGCUCACUGUGAUUUCAUCAUCUUUAUUAACAGUGCAGGGAUCGGGCGGACAGGCACUUUUAUUGUCAUUGAUAUUCUUAUUGAUGUCAUCAGAGAAAAAGGUGAGUAGAAAUCUGGAGAUUUGAGUAGUGAAGCUGAAACACAUUAUGCAUCACUGUAGUUGACACGGUUCAUUUCUCAUAUUCAUUGAUUGAAGGGAUGAUGCAGUUUUUCAAGGGCUAUAAAUCACUCUCAGCAUCUUUUUAGUUUGCAAGCAUUAUUGUGAGUCAUUGUAUUGCAUACAAACAGAUUGAAAUGCUGCGUCUUAUGUAAUGACCGUAUGCUAGUCUAAAUUUCUUACACGUUGUUUGUAAUAGGUAUACAGCAAUACUGCAAUAACCCUGAAUUAUGUGACACUUUGUAUUACCAUAUAUUGUGGAAAUUCUUGCUGCAGGCUGAGCACUUUGCUGAGUGUUUCUUUCAGCAGAUAUACAUAGUACCAGCUUGGCAAAGUUGAUAGGUCACUUGCCAUUUCAUUGCCACAUUAAUAUAUACUUAGGCAGUUCUGUUUUUUUUUUUUUUUUAAUAAUGUAGCAUCAUUUUUAUUUUGAAGUUAUGUGUAGUAUGUGUGUGUGUGUGUAUAUAUAUAUAUAUAUAUAUAUAUAUGUGUAUAUAUGUAUAUAGAGCAAUGUCCAAACUCUGGAACUCAACCUGAAAAAAUGAUAUAUACCAGUAACUUGUACCCGGGUGCUUCCCAGCAAUAGUAUAAACAAAAAAGAAAACAGGAGCACUCUCUUGGAUUUCCAAAAUAUAUUUCAAAAAAUCACCACCUCUGCAUUUUUUUCAUAUAUAUAUAUAUACACACACACACACACACUCAUACAUACAUACACACACUACACACUGAUAUUUGUGUGUAUGAAUUCACAUGCACACACCUUUAACCCAUAUAUAGCAGUUAGUAUAACAUUGCAGAACUGUGCAGCAUACCCAUUCAUUGUUAUAUAUACUGUGAAUACCAUAGCUGUGUCCUUUGUGUUCUGAAUAAUAACAACAUUAAAAUAGCCAGAUUUAAUUUGAUAGAAAAUAGAGAUAUAUGUAGUAAAUUCAUGCUUUAGGGACUUUAUCUUCAAUGGCAGCCAGCCACAAUGUCUUAAAAAUGAAUUCAUUAUUUUUAUUUCAUCUGCUAGUUUUUUGCCUUGCCUUGAGGCAUGGACAUUUUAGUUAAAUAUAUUAUUUUACCAAGAUUUUGAGUUUGCUUUUUAUUUAUUCAUUUUAUUGUUAUUUUUCUGUAUCCUGCAUUUUGAAGGCACCUUACACCCUCCCAGAAGUCUUAUCUCUUGGAAAGGGAAUACAACUAAACUAAAGAGUUAGUGAUGGCUCCACACUUGAUAGUUUUUAUAAUUUCUAAUUUUAAGGGUAUCCUGUUUAUAAACUAUAGGUUUCAUGUAAUAGCAUACCUUAAUGAUGUGUCAUUUAAUCUAAUACAACUGUAUGUCAGCAGGGUUAUUGUAAUUAAUUCCAGAUCUCAUUAUUGGGGUCCAGAACUGCCAUCCCAUCAAGGUUACCUGCCUUCCUAUCUGUUUAAAAAAAUAAAAAAUAAAGUGUCAUACAUUGCAAGGAGGUUAUCCUUUUUGUAGUGUGUUACAUAUCUCCUUUCCUGUCAAGGCAAAGAAAAUGAAAAUAGUUCUCCAGAUGCAUGCAUUCUAACGGAGUAUUUAUUUAUUAAUGCAGUCCUUCAUGAUGCUUAGACAUAUUUUAUUAAAGUUUAUCUUUAAUUAUACAGAAACAUGAUUCUAAAAACACAUGUGAGGGACUGACCAGUCCAUAAUUAUUACAGGAACUAGGAGAAACACACUCAUAGUAAUUAGGCUGAAAGUGGGUUUACACGUUCUAGAUUUUGAAAAGCCACAGAGAUUAUGCACUGACUAGUUAAGACAGUAAAAAGCAUGGUGAAGUAAUGGAUACAUCAAGGCAAGCAGCAUUAACGAGUAGUUAAGGUGGGAGAGCAACAGUUCAGGAAGCUGGGAGCUAGAUGACAAAACAUCAAGUAAAGUGAAGAUAAUGAUCUUAAACUAGAAAUUGGGCUCUAAAGAAAUGCAUAGGCUAUAGGAACUAUAGCACUGGAGUGCUGAGAGUUGCAUUACUCUUGUGUCUAUUUAACUGCCUAUUGAUGCGCACCGAGUAUGAAAACAACAUAGGAAUUGUGCAUUCCUGCCAUUACUUUUGUCUUGUGCAGAUAAUGUACAAUAUUGAGGAUUCACUUGUCAUUGGCAUUCACAGGUCAGGAGGCUGCAUUGACUUUGUGCAGGUAGAAGAGAUGGCAGGGCUAUGUCCUAACCCACUUCCACACUCUUAUCAAAAUCCUGGUGCAACCAGACCUGGGGUUGGCUACCCCAUCUGUGAUAGUUGAACAAAUCUGUGUUCCAGGCACUAUUCACUACAAACUAAGCAAACUGAAAUCCCAGUGGUACAAUCUAUAUUUUUUUUGCCAUUUAGAUUUCAUUUUGCUGCAAUGCGUAACUCUGCUUGACUAGCAGGCGGCCGUCUUUAACCCCUUAAGGACCAAACUUCUGGAAUAAAAGGGAAUCAUGACAUGUCGCACAUGUCAUGUGUCCUUAAGGGGUUAAAUUGGUCAGCCAUUAACAUAAAAAUGGCAAUCACAUACAUGUCUGAAACUUUCAGAAUUUAGUAUGUGCCAUACAGAAUUAGUAUGUGCCGUGUAUAUGAAUGCUGAUCUUUUAUACAUUUGACUAGCUAACUUUUCUUGCUAUAGAAGAGUAUUAGAGCUUCUUGCAUUUGUUGUUUUGUUUUUCUUUUGUAUAGAUUAAGUUUGACAGUGAUUCAAAUGCACUAUUAGGUUUGAACAUUCAUGCUUGCAGUUUAAUAAGUCAACCAGAUUGAUUAUAAACAUCAAUUGUUUAUACAACUAUCAUGUUUACAAUAACCCUUUCCACACAACUGACAUUUAAUCAGAUGUAAGCUUUGCUGAUAGUUAGGGUACCAUGAACUUCCCUUAAUUGAGUAGAGACAUUGUUGAAGUUACUGAAGAAUCAAACUGGGGAAUGCCUAAGCUGUUCUGUCAUUACUGGAUUUUCCAAAGGAUCUAGUUUGCAGCAGAUAGCACUUCUGGUGUAUUCUGACCAUCGAGAAAUUCUAGGUAUCUAAAUAUAGGAGUUUACUGGUUAAACAAACCUCUGCAUUUUACACUGAACACUAGCUUCACAUUGACAUAUGCUUGCUAUUUUAUUGAAUUGCAUUUUUUUUUUUCAAUUAGGUGUGGAUUGUGACAUAGAUGUUCCUAAGACCAUUCAGAUGGUAAGAUCUCAGAGGUCAGGAAUGGUCCAGACAGAAGCACAAUACAGAUUUAUAUACAUGGCAGUACAGCAUUACAUAGAAACUUUGCAACGCAGAAUUGAAGAAGAGCAGGUACGUUCUUUUAUUCUGAUGGAUUUCUAUUGGAAUUAAUUGAUAUUCAUGUCGGAAAAUGUGCAGGUUUAAUGCAGUACACAUAUAAAGAGCAGGUUGUGAGGUACUGUAAAAAAAAACCCCUACAUUUCAGAAAGAAAGCAAAGGAAUACAUUCAGAGCAUACAUAAUUCAAUCUAGUAAUGAUUGUAAGAUUGUUUUAGCCUUAAAGUUGGUGUCAUGGUAUUGCACAAGGAAAAAAUGGUUAGCACUGGAAUUUAUAUAUAUUGAAUUAAAUGUUUGUGAUAGCAGAAGUAAACGAUUAAUAAGGAAGAUUGUCCCUUUUUAAUGUCUUAAUGCUGCAACCAAUUAAUGGAUUCUUGGAGUAAUAAAAAUGUUAUCAUAAUUGCAGAAUGUUGUAUUGAUAAACUAAUUUCACUGUUCCAUCAAAAAGAAAUUAAAACUUUUUACAACCUUGUAAGUUUUUAAGGGGCACUCAAAGCACAAAAUUACUUUAGCUUAACGGAGUAUCAUACUCAUGGAGUCUCACUGCUCAAUUCUCUGCCAUUUAGGAGUUAAAUCACUUUUGAUUAUUUAUCCCUAGCCAUACCUCCCCAGGAUGGGACUACACACUGUAUCUUAUCUCCUGAUUUGUUGCCUGCAGCAGUGUCCUGUGUGUGAUUAAAGUUCACUUAACAGAGCAGGUGUUAAUAACUUCUAAAGUAAACACACUGUGCUCUGAUUAAAAGCUAAACAUUUUUAUAGAUUCUGCAGCCAGGGGAACAUGUGGUUAGGGCUGCAUAAACAAAGUAAUUUAACUCCUAAAAUGAAAAAAAUUGAGCAGAGAGACUGCAGGAUUGUGAUCAAUAAACCAAAAUUACUUCAUUAAGCUCAAUUUGUUUUGGAGCUUAGUUUAUCUGUUUAAAUAUACUGGAGUAGUAUAUAUUUUGGACUAUGACUUUCAUUUUUCAUAUGUAAAAAGGUUUCAGACGUUAUUCAAUACAUAGUUACAUAGCUGAAAAGAGACUUGCGUCCAACAAGUUCAGCCUUCCUCACAUUUGUUUUUUGCUGUUGAUCCAAUUCAGAUUUUGGUUCUGAUCUCCAUAUUCUGAUCAGCACGUUAUUCAGAUUUUGGUUUUGAUCUCCAUAUUGCUUACUUGUCUGUGACAGAGGAGCAUAGAACAUAAGCUCACCUGCGAUUUCAAAGUAGGAAGUGUAUGUCUAAAUCAAGAUCUUGCUUUCCUGGCCAUUGUCAAAAAAUAUUGUUUACACCAAAAUGUUAGCAGUCAUUUCGUGCCAUAUGUGUAGCGAAGGUAUUUACUUAGAUAACUGCUUACUUAAAGUGCUGAUGGUUAAAUCCUGACAGGACUAUGUAAUAUCUGUAUAUUCGACUGUCAAUAGUAAAGACAUAUAAGUCAAUGGGACCUGAUGGAAUACACCCAAAGUUAUUAAAAGAGAUUAGUGGUGUACUAGCAAAACCAUUAACAGGUUUAUUUAACCAAUCAUUAUUAACAGGAGUAGUCCCAGAAGAUUGGAAGUUAGCUAAUGUUGUGCCCAUUCACAAGAAAGGUAAUAGGGAGUAGUCGGGCAACUAUAGGCCAGUAAGCCUUACUUCAGUAGUGGGGAAAGUGAUGGAAACCAUGUUAAAGGAUAGGAUUGAUGAACAUCUAAAAACACAUGGAUUUCAAGAUCAGAGACAACAUGGGUCUUCAGGGAGAUCGUGCCAAACUAAUCUUAUUGAUUUUUUUUGACUGGGUAACUAAUAUAAUAGUUUAGGGUGGUGCAGUAGACAUUGCUUACCUAGAUUUCAGUAAGGCUUUUGACAUUGUUGCACAUAGAAGGCUUAUCCAUAAGCUGCCAUCUUUAAGUUUGGAUUUCAAUAUUGUUGAAUGGGUAAGGCAGUGGCUGAGUGAAGGGCAACAGAGCGUUGUAGUCAAUGGAGUAUAUUCGAAGCUUGGACUUGUCACCAGUACGGUAUCUCAGGGAUCUGUACUUGGACCCAUUCACUUUAAUAUUUUUAUUAGUGAUAUUGCAGAAGGUCUUGAUGGUAAGGUAUGUCUUUUUGCUGAUGAUACUAAGAUAUGUAACAACAGGGUUGAUGUUCCAGGAGGGAUAAGCCAAAUGGCAAAUGAUUUAGGUAAACUAGAAAAAUGGUCAGAAUUGUGGCAACUGACAUUUAAUGUGGAUAAGUGCAAGAUAAUGCAUCUUGGAUGUAAAAACCCAAGGGCAGAGUACAGAAUAUUUGAUAGAGUCCUAACGUCAACAUCUGAGGAAAGUGAUUUAGGGGUGAUUAUUUCUGAUGACUUAAAGGUAGGCAGACAAUGUAAUAGAGCAGCAGGAAAUGCUAGCAGAAUGCUUGGUUGUAUAGGGAGAGGUAUUAGCAGUAGAAAGAGGGAAGUGAUCAUGUCAUUGUACAGAACACUGGUGAGACCUCACUUGGAGUAUUGUACGCAGUACUGGAAUCCGUAUGUCCAGAAGGAUAUUGAUACUUUUAGAGAGAUUUCAGAGAAGGGCUACUAAACUGGUUCAUGGAUUGCGGGAUAAAACUUACAAGGAAAGGUUAAAGGAAUAGCUUGGAGGAAAGACGAGACAGGGGGGAUAUGAUAGAAACAUUUAAAUACAUAAAGGGUAUCAACACAGUAAAGGAGGAGACUAUAUUUAAAAGAAGACAAACUACCACAACAAGAGGACAUAGUCUUAAAUUAGAGGGGCAAAGGUUUAAAAAUAAUAUCAGGAAGUAUUACUUUACUGAGAGGGUAGUGGAUGCAUGGAAUAGCCUUCCAUUUGAAGUGGUAGAUGUUAACACAGUAAAAGAGUUUAAGCAUGCGUGGGAUAGGCAUAAGGCUAUCCUAGCUAUAAGAUAAGGCCAGGGACUAAUGAAAGUAUUUAGAAAAUUGGGCAGACUAGAUGGGCCGAAUGGUUCUUAUCUGCCGUCACAUUCAAUGUUUCUAUUUUUCUAUUUAUAAACAAGAAUAGGGCCUGACUGUGAAAUGUCACAUCUCAUAGCAACAAAAUAAAUCAAGUUCCUACGAGUGAUGCUAGAUUCAGCAUCCAUGAAGGUCUGUUAAUUUGUGAACAGACAAAGUUGCUCAAUCAGAAAUAAAACCACUUCUAACAUCAAUUUCUCGUCAGAUCAGGUCAGCAGUGGGAAUACUAGGACACCUUGCAGCAAUCCUGCCAGCAGGCUGGUGGGCAGAACAUUCUAUGCAAAAUAUAAAGCGUGAAAUCUAUUAAAUUAUUACCAUACACGUGGCACUGCUGAAGAUGAUGGCUUUACAAAAAUAUUCUCAGCAAGUGUAAGAACUUUAAUGGAAAAUUAUCACUACAGAUUUAUAUAAAUUACAUAGUUACAUAGGUGAAAAGAGACUUGCAUCCAUCAAGUUAAGCCUUCCUCACAUUUGUUUUUUACUGUUGAUCCAAAAGAAGGCAAAAAACCCCAGUUUGAAGCACAAUUUUGCAACAAGCUAGGAAAAAAAUUCCUUCUUGACCCCAGAAUGGCAGUCAGAUUAAUCCUUGGAUCAAGCAGUUAUUACCCUACAUUGAAAGAUUAUAUCCUUGAAUAUUCUGUUUUUGCAAUUAUGCAUCUAGUAGCUGUUAGAACAUCUGUAUGGACUCUGUUAAAACCACUUCUUCAGGCAGAGAAUUCCACAUCCUUAUUGUUCUUAGAGUAAAAAAACCUUUCCUUGACCUUAGACGAAAGCUUCUUUCUUCCAGUCUAAACGCAUGGCCUCAUGUCCUAUGUAAAGUCCGGUUUGUGACUAGAUUUCCACACAAUGGUUUGUAUUGGCCCCGAAUAUAUUUGUAUAAUGUUAUCAUAUCCCCUCUCAGGUGACGUUUUUCUAAACUAAAUAGGUUUAAAUUUGUUAACUUUUCUUCAUGGCUGACAUGUUCCAUUCCUUUUAUUAAUUUUGUAGCCCGCCUCCGCAUUUUUUCUAGUGCCAUAAUAUCCUUCUUUAGAAUAGGUGCCCAAAAUUGCACUGCAUAUUCAAUAUGUGGUCUUACCAGUGAUUUAUAAAGAGGCAAAAUGAUAUUCUCGUCCCGAGAAUGAAUGCCCUUUUUCAUGCAUGACAAUACCUUACUGGCCUUGGCCACUGCUGAUUGACAUUGCACAUUGUUGCAUAGUUUGUUGUCUAUAACAAUUCCCAAGUCCUUUUCGUGUGUUGUUAUCCCUAAUUCGCUUCCAUUAAGGGUAUACGUUGCUUGUGUAUUCUUUACGCCGAAGUGCAUAACUUUGCAUUUUUCAACAUUAAAUUUCAUCUGCCAUUUGAGUGCCCAGUCCUCCAGUCUAUCUAAAUCCCUCUGCAGCAAAGUAAUAUCUUGCUCACAUUGCAUUAUUUUACAAAGUCUGCAAACACUGAAACAUGAUUUUCAAUGCUGUCUUCAAGAUCAUUUAUGAACAUGUUAAAUAGAAGGGGUCCCAGAACAGACCCCUGAGGGACACCACUUGCCACCUCUGUCCAGCUUGAAAAUUUACCAUUAUUGACAACUCUUUGUACUUUGUUUUUAAGCCAAUGUUCUACCCAAGAACAAGCAUUUUCAUCUAGACCGAUUUCCUUGAGUUUGAACACUAAUCUAUUGUGUGGAACUGUAUCAAAUGCCUAGGCAAAAUCCAAAUAGAUCACAUCCACUGCAACAACCUGAUCUAUACUUCUACUUACUUCUUCGUAGAACUCAAUCAAGUUAGUUUGACAUGACCUGUGCUUCAUAAAACCGUGCUGAUUUUUGCUGAUAACUUCUGCUUCUCAAGGAAUUCUUGAAUAUUAUCCCAUAAUAACCUUUCAAAUAUUUUACCAGCCACAGAAGUUAAGCUCACAGGUCUAUAAUUUCCAGGCAAGGAUUUUGAACCCUUUUUGAAUAUAGGAACCACAUCUGCCUUCCUCAAAUCCUCCGGAACACUUCCUGAAAGAAAAGAAUCUUGAAAGAUUAAAAACAGAGGUUCACUUAUUUCUACACUUCGUUCCUUAAGUACACGUGGAUGGAUACCGUCAGGCCCUGGAGCUUUGUUUAUAUUAACUUAAUUUUACAUAAUAUAUCCUUCUACUGGCAUGAGAUCUAUUGGCAAUAUAUGUUCCCUGCUGGCAUUCAGAGAUGUAAUCCAUGGAAAUGCAGUCUAGAUUUGUCUAGGCAUGUUUUAAACCACUGAAAGAAACAGCGUGGAUUUAUUAAGCAAAUACUAAAGUGUUAGAAUUACAAACCUUCAUUCCCAAUGCUUUGGUGUCCCUGUCCCUAGAUAUAUUGGUGUCCGAUUAAAAAUUAUUUACUUGCCUUUUUACAGUGCUGAGGCUACUUAUCUCUCCGCCUCCCAUGAAGUCAUGGAAUUGGUGAAAUAUGCUAACACCCAGGAUUGCAGAUCCAAUAUCUGGAUAUAGUGUGAAGAAUUUAUGUGAAAAGUCUUUUAAACAUCUAGGCGGCGUUAACAUUGAAAGUUUAUAUAAGAUAUAUUUCUUGUAUUUCUUGAAUACUUACAUCAGUGAGGCAUAUGGGAGUAAUGUUGUCCCGCAAUAAAAAGAACCUCAAAGAUGUUUUCCAUCUCAACACUACAACUGCUAGACUAGUAACCGGUUCGUCCGAAUCAAACUCCUUUUAAUCCAUAUCUGAACAAAUCAAUGCUUCUGGGAUUUAUACUUGGUGCCUUAUUCAAUAAAUAAGACUUCACAGGUAAAUCCCAGUUGAAUCAAUUUAUUUAACAGUGGUUUGACAUGACCAGGUGGUUGGCUUUUGGUACAUAUUCACCCUGUUGGAUUGAGCUUGCUACAUUUCAUAGUUGAACUUCCACAAAGUAUAUUGGGGAAAUACAAAAUGUGUACAAGUGGAAUCUUUUCUUUUGCUGCAAGUUAAUAAACCCGUUUUUAAGUAUCUCUGUGAGAAAUGCCUUCUUAAUAACGGGUUGAGUUAUGAUCUGCCUCUUUUGUUACAUAGAAUGUAGAACAAGUGAAAGUUGGACUGUCUUUUGAAGGUGGUUAUGCUUAUAAUGUUUAGCUGCCGUGUAGAUUAGAGGGGAGUUGAUGCCCAGCAUGGUUUUAUUUUGUAAGUAGUGGUCCUCAAGGAACAAAUGAAUAGCUAUUGUUUCACAAAAACAAUAUGCUGGGCUGUCAAGACACCAUAAAUGGCAAUAUUCAUAUAUGUUCUAUUAGCAGAAAAGCACUAUAGGCAGGAUUUCAUACUAAUACUAGUUUGAAUGGGUUUCUCUUUAUCACAGAGUGAUUAUAUUACAGCUAUGUGAUUUAAUAAUGUGUGCUGGUCAAUGUUAUAGUCUAUAAACACUGAUUGACUGAACUUUCCUCUACAAUUUUCAGAAAAGUAAGAGAAAAGGACAUGAAUAUACAAACAUCAAAUACUCCCUCUCUGAGCAGACAGCCGGGGACCAGAGCCCUUUGCCGCCUUGUACACCCACGCCUUUACCAACACCCACCCUUACUGAGUAAGUGAAACUGUGUUUGUAACUUUGAAAUCAUGCUUAUGUUAUUAUCUAUUUAUGUAUGUUUUGGGAAAUGGCUGUCAUUCCUAUAACUAGCUGGUAACUCAGAAUAAUGACAUCAGGUUUGCCAUUUUUAACUUUCUCUUUAUUAUUGUUCACAUAUGGACCAGAGUAAAACCCAGCACAUUCAGCUUGUGCGAGUUUGGUAACAGUGUAAGCAGUAGGUUUGCCUUAUUAUUCAGAUAGAAUUAGAAUUUCCUGACUAGCACUGGCAAAAUAAUUGCUGUUGCUACUGAAGCUGCAUGUACAACUUUUUGCAAAGAGACUUUAUGCAAGGAGACUUUCGCUAAUUCAAAUCUUUGUGCAUCAAUAAACCAUUUUAAUCAGCGUAGCGUGACUUUUUUGAAGCAUAUGUUUUAACCUUGUGUGGGAUAGUAAACUUGGAUUGUGAGUCAAUGUGUUUCAGCUUUCUGUAUAUAGCAUUUCUAAUUCUUCUGUUACAGAAUGAGAGAAGAUGCUGGCAGAGUAUAUGAAAACGUGGGGCUGAUGCAGGCAAAAAGCUUCAGAUGAAUUGAAGCACAAAGCAUUGAUUGCAAAGACUGGUAAUGCAUUUGAAAUACAUAUUCAGUAUGCUGUGUGUGUGUGUUUAUUUACAUCGUAUUGGGAUGAUGCAUAUUAAACAAAAAAGUCCCAAAACAGGACAGCAUAAUUCAUUUUAAAGAUGAAAGAACUAGGGGGCACAAAAUUGCUUUUUAAAAUAAAAGGGAAGAUGGUACUACCAGAGAGGUGGAGCAGCGGCGGUGGAGACCAGCAUGGUAAGUUAAACUCGUCUUUUAAACCCUCACAAGGGGGAACGGAAAGCAAAAUAGGAUAGGUCGUCUAUAGUGUGAGGAAUACAUGUUUUGCAUACCUAAUGGUAUAGUGUUAUUUUAACCCCUUAAGGACCAAACUUCUGGAAUAAAAGUGAACCAUGACAUGUCACACAGGGGUUAAAGUGAAGUAUUUGUAAAGAAUAACAGUCAGUGCACUGAAGUUUAUUUUUUAUUUUUUAUGAUUAUGAUAUUGGUGGUGUAUAUCUAGGGAUUGUACAUAGGGUUCCCAAGAGUUAAAAAUGUGGAGAACCUUCUGCUCUUUCAACCCAGUCUAAUUUAGUUUAGCAUAGUGCCAAGAGCUAUAUAUAUAUAUAUAUAUAUAUAUAUAUAUAUAUAUAUAUAUAUUAUGUACAUAUCUCGUAAUUCUUCAGAUUAUUAUGUCCCUUGUUGGUAUCUGUAUUUUUCUGUUGAACUUCAGUUGAAGAAAUUAUUCCUAUUCCUAUUUUUCAUAACCAAGCUCCCUUAACCACACAUCCCUGUUUUAGGGUAUAACUUCCCAGUAGCCAUGAGUACUGCACUCAUUCACUGUUUGGACAGCAGUAUGCCAUGCAGCCUACAGUGUUGAUGAACUGUUCACCUCAUGCUCUCUCAUUUCAAUUUUUCAAUCAUCUUUUUUAUUUUUGGUUUAGUAAAUAAUUUUAAUUUUUUUUGUCUGUCUUUUUCGGCUCAGAUUUUUGUUUGUUUGCUUUAUUGUGUUUGAUUUCCCUUUUUUGUUUUGUCAUGUUGCAGGGUCUAGUUAACCUUCCUGAACCGUUUUCAGUCGUAUUUUAUUCAUGUCCUGAUUUUCUGAAGUGGAAUUAGUGCAGGGAGACUGUUAAUUCAAUGCGUGCUGAAUUAUUAGUUUGUAUUGUUUUGAGACCACCCUAUUGCACGGAUAUUGUAAGCAGUACUUGAUUCAGCCUCUUCAUUUCUCUCUUUUGUCUGACUCCUAUAAAGCCUACGUUGACUAUGGUGCGUUACAAGGAGGGAAUAAUAAAAUGCUUUGGUGGAGAAAGACAUGAAAAGAAAUGAACAAGGGGGAUUAUUGCAGUUCAAGAGUGAGAGACACACGUUUACCAACAUUAAUCAAGAGUGUUUUGAAGAAACUGUGGGGAGGUGGGUUGAAUAGCACAGGAGUGUUCCGUUGCUCACUUACAUAAAUAUACAGGUCAUGGGCCUCAAUUUAAUAAGCUUUCCAAAUAAUUCAAUGCUGGUUUCUAAGUGAUUUAUCUACAAUUCCCAUAUAGUUUAAUAGUUAUUUUUGUAGAUAAAUCAUUUGGAAUCAUUUUUCUAACAACAUUAAAUCAUUUGGAAAGUUUAUUAAAUUGAGGCAUUUGUUUGUAGAUCCAUGCUUGGGUGCAGGAGUAAUCUAUUUAAAGUUUUGAUAUGGUCCUAAUUUACCUAUAAUUUACUUUGUUUCUUUUAGAUUUGAAUUCUGAGAACAGGCGAGAGAAUGUGAAGAACAGCGAUGGGAACUGUGCCAUCUGACAUUUAGAGGCUCUGCCCCUUUAAACAUAUGGUGUCAUGUUCCUAAACCGCGAACAGAGUAUACAUCUAGACCAUCUGAAAAUCUUUUAUGUCCUUUUUUGCAUUGCCUAAUUCGGACUUGUUCAUUCUUCACAACAAGGCAUUUUCAUCUCUACAAUGUAGACCCUUAUUUUAUAGAACCCUUCAUGCAGACUGUUACUCUGACAGAUUUAUCCUCUUAUCCUUCUUUUUAGAGAGCUCCCUUUUCUUAAGGUAUUGUGAACCCUCUGGGUAAACCUAGCUGAUUGGAAUUAUAAGGUAUUAACAUGAAUGCGCAGAUAACUAUGGGAAUUUCUUUGUUCUUUCUGAACCACAUGGACUGUGCCCAACAAUAUCACUAUAACAUUUUCCAGUUUUUAAUCCAAACGCCUCUUUCUUUCCAUUGUAUAAUGAACUAUUGUGGAGAUAUCUCCACUUUUAGCAAAUUACUUGUACUAAAAGGUGCUCUUUUUUUUUUCCUUCCUUUUUCUUUUGCCAUAACAGUGAUCUUAUUUACUUGAGCAGGAAGCUAGCUAGGAAAAAUUGUAUGGACAGAAUCUCUAAGCUUAGUGCCAAUUCUAAAACUUCUUCAAGACGUAACUGCUGUUGAUCCCCAGAUAAUGUAUUGAUUGCAGCAUGUUGUGUCUGAUCAUGAAGUGCAGGGAAGCAGAAAGCAUUCAGAUGCACUUUACAAAUGGUUCAGUAUUUUAACCCAUUCUGCUCUGCAAGAGCUCACAAGUCAUUAAAUUCAUAUGUGAUUCCGAAAUGUGUAACACUUCUCCGUUUGCUAGGACAGGUGGAGUCACUUUGAUCAGUUUUAAUGGGAAAGCGGAAAGCCUUAUAUCCGCCGCUACUUACAUCUGUGUUUCAUCUUGAAAUACAGUACUCGGUUCUCAUUGCACUAGACCAUGUUCUUUGGUAGUAAGUGGUGUUUCUUGAAAGGCACCUGUUCUGUACCUUUUUCAUGGCAGGACUUUCAUUAACUUUUUCCUUAAAGUGCCUUUACAAUUGCAACCUACCUGCAGCUUGUACACACUUCAUUUUAUGAGGCUUCUUCAAAGCCGAUUGUACUCUGGGCCCUUUACAAUGAUUGCUGUCUGUGCAGCAGUGCUUCUUUACACUAAUUCUGUUACACUAUUUUACAGGUGCUUUUAUUAUACUUUAUCCUCCUUUGAUUCCAUUUAACUCUGUACUCUUCAUGUUGCUGCUUCUCUUAACCUCUCUGCCUCCGUAUUCUGCUGUAUAGAUUUCUGAUGUUUGCAGCUCCCAUACCAAGAGACAAAAUUCAGAGUGUUAGACACUUUCCCCUGAGUUUUCUUUCUGUAGAGCCCAGCUGAAAAUACACAAGGAUUUUACCGUUAUGACGUGAAAUAUGAGACUCGCCCCUUUGCACAGUGUCACUAAUGUCGUAAAUUAAAAGUGUGAAUGUCCCAUUUUUUUUUUACAGUUGAAAUUUUUUGAUCUUAAUUACACAGGCUCAACUAGUAUUCUGUAUACUUUAUACAAUGUUAUUCAGGAUCAUUAAUCAUGCAGUUUUACCAAGCAAAACAUAGUAUUUAAGCCAUAAACAUGUCAAAUGAAUGUUAAUGAGCAGGCUUAUUAAAGGGAAAUUAGCAUAACAAAAGGAACACUCAAAGAGUAAUGCUUCUCUUUCAUUAAUGCUGUUGGUAAUAGUGAUUAAGUGCAUUUCCGUGCUGAUUGACUGUAAAACCAUGGAGUUCUGUUUAAAAUUCACCACAAUUUAAAACCUGUAUUCCAUCUAUCUGGAUUUUGUGCCUUUCCUUUCUGCAUUGGGUUUGUGACUGAAAACACAAUCCAGUAUUAUCCUGUGCUUCUUGCCCCCUGCUAUUGUAUUAACAGUAAAGACAUGUUGUGGUUCUUUGUAAUUUUGUGGGAGUGGCAAAAGGCUAUCGAUAAAAGUGACCAAGUGACCAUAUGUAUCAACUGAUGGUUGUUUUAGAAACAAAUACACACUACAGCCAACAUAACUUACACCAUCCCAGGGAGAUGCCAUUGUGAUUUUUUUUUUUCCAUGAUACAGUUAAUGGACUUUUUUUUCCUUUUUUUCUUUUUUUUUUUUUUUAUAGCUUGGCGAAUUCCCUUUAAGUGCAACUGGCAUUAUGCCUAUCUAUAAAAUGUCAUUCAUCUAAUAUAAAUGAUUUUUCCCACUAUUUCCUAUUUUUGUUCUGCUUCCUUUGUACCAUAUUUCAAAUUUAAAUGUUCUAAUGCAAAGGUUGCAAAAAGGUAGACCUCCAGCUAUUAUAGACCUACACUCAAAUGAGGCUUUGCCCUGAAUAGCAAUUAAUAAGCACCUUAACCUAUACAACAUGGAGUCUUUUAAUAGCAAUUCAUAAGCACCUCUACAACGCAUUGUAGUGUUACGGUGCAUGGAGUCUUUGAAUAGCAAUUAAUAAGCACUUCUACAAUUUAGUGUAGUGGUAUGGUGCAUGGAGUCUUUGGGCCUGGGCACGGUUUCCCCCGGUGAGUGGUUUGUCAAACACCACGGUUCAUGUCUUUAUUAUCUAUCCAAAUAUGGGAGGUAAAGAUAGAUUGGGAGUGCGGAGCAAGCCUGCCUCUAGCACUCAAGACCUAUCGUUGCUGCUCAAAAAUGGUUUGACACAAAUCUAUCGGGAAGUGCUCAAAUGCAUAAAUCACAGUCAUAAACUAAGCUGUGGUAUUAAUGGAGCUUAUAGUGUCCCUUAAGGCCAGCAAAACAUCAUUUGAGUAGGUCUAACUUUUUUGGCAUAUCUUUCUAUUCCAAUAUAAUGCUUAAAUAUAUUUUAAUAUCUAAAAUUAUAUCUGUUAAAUUCUAAUUUGAGUUCUUUAAUGGAUACAAACAUUUUAAUCACAUGAAAACAGUAUACUUUAGUGUUUAUUUUUGAUGUCUUAACCAUGUAAUUGUAUUUGAUUGGAAAACAUCUGGGGCAACAAAAAAAUAACCCUCCCCCCUUUUAUUUUAUUUUUUGCUGAAUUACAUUUACUUUAUUUUAAGGAAAUGAUGGCUUGUCAACAAUAGUUAAAAACAAAUAGAUUUUACUAAAUAUCCAAUUGCUUUCUUUUUACUUUUCAUGGAAUCAUUUUUUAAACAAAAGCUUUAGUAAUCUUCAGGGAUUUCAAUACGUCUGCUACUCUCAAACAUAGUUGGCCAGCCCUUUUUAAAAUUAAAUUCUAAAUGACAUUUUAGGUUAAGCACCUGGGAUCUUCAUUAAAGAUCUGUGUCAUUUUUAGACGUCAUUCUAGUUUACAGGAAACCAUGAUGUAAUAAAGCUCAGUGAGUUUUCAUAUAAGCUGGAGACAUACAUGGGUUAUGUGAAAUCGUCAUACAUGUUGUUUUGUCUCUUUUUUUAAGGUAGAUGAAGGAACAAUAUAUAAAGAUGUUGCACUUAAUAAAUGUACUCCAUUAGCAAUGUGUACUGUUUGUUAUAGUGGGGACCUACCACCUGCACUACUUCUUCACAUAUAUCUACAUCUAUUUUUGUGUACAGUGCCUACAAUUAUUGCAUUAAAGUUUUUAUAAGUGUUUGUUUAGGGAUAAGCUCAAUCCAAAGGGGAGAGAGAAAUAAUCAUGCAAAAUAUGUGACAAGUACUUUACAUGAUAUACAAGUAAAGUUAAUAUCUAAUGCAUACUUUUAAAGUGAACCUGUAACCUAGAGGUUGAAUGGGAACAUAUAGAUUCAAUCUGUAUAUUGUACUGGUGACAUCAACAGUAAGUAAAUGAAUUUGAAGAUACUUGCAAUCCUCCUCCUGCAGAAUGGAAUUUGAGGUGUUGCGGUUGUCUUUAGCUCAUCAUCAAAGUAACAAAAAAAUGCAGGGAUAAAAUUUGAUUCCCUACAAAGGGAUCCACUUAUAUACAUACAUAUGUGGCACAACAGGUACACUUUACUCACCAUACACAAUUUAAUAUGUAUUUGAACUGCGCAAAAAUUGGAAAUUUAGAAGUCGCUGGUCCAUCAUGCUGUGAAAUAGACAUAAAUAGGUACACAAAUAGUUUUGGCAUGCAUC